AUGGUGUCCUGGGGCCUGGGCGUCCUGCUCAUCCGUCUCCUCCUCAACCUGAUCAACCAAGGUGAGACAUACAGAACUUAAGAGGAGCACUGCUGGCCCAGAACAAUGAUCUAUCUGGUCUGCUGCCAGUCACAUGACUCCAGGAAGGGUCUAAGCAGGCGAGGUGGCAUGGGCUGUAACCUGCCUUGUGAGAGGAAAUGGAAGGACACCAACCCCUCCUUCCUUUUCACUUCACCAUUGCUACCAAGUGGAUAUAUUGAUUAUUCUCUGGCUAUCUCCACUAAAUAACCUGCUGGACUUAACUGGUUCAGUCUCAAUAUUGGGCAGAAUGGUUUGGUUGUGCCAAACCACCCCUCCUGUACUUUUAACCUUCCUGUGCACUUUUGACCAUCCUGUGCAAGUAAGCCUUUAAAGCAAAAAGCAAGCAUUUUACAACUUGAGUUUUACAACCUAAAACACAAUAUAAAAUACCCCAAAGCCCUAAUCCUUCACAGUAGGACAUGACAGCUUAGAGCUCCUAACAAGCUGGGUCAUAUAGGGAAGGAUGGGGUGCAGUUCCAAAGGGGUAUCAAUGCAUCUGUUACCCAGAUCUUGUGUACAGAUCUUUGGAAGUAAUAAUUGCACCCGAUUCUGAGCUGGACAGGAUGCAUCUAGAGUACUGCAUCCAGUUCUGGUCACCACAUUUUAAUAAGGGCAUUGAGGAACUUGAGAAGUCCAGAGGAGGGUGGCUGGAAUGGUGAUGGGUCUGGAAACCAAGUUCUUUGAAGAAUGCUUGAAGGAGCUGGACAUGUUUCACCUGGAGAAAAGAAGAUUAGGGGAGGAACAAAGGAUGCUGAUUUAUACUGAGUUAGACAACUGGUCCAGCGAGUCCAGCAUUGUCUACACUGACUGGCAGGGGAUUUUCACACAGGGGAUGUUUUCAGCUCUUCUUGGAGAUGCCAGGGAUUGAAUGUGGGACCUUCUGUAUGUAUAGCAGAUGCACUACCACGACCUGCCACCCUUCCCCAUGACAAGUGUCUUUAAAUAUCUGAAGGGCUGUCAUGCAGAAGUUCAAGCAGCCUUGGCUAGAACCAAUGGAUAGAAAUUUCAAGGAAGUAGAUUUCAGCUAAAGAUGAGGGGAACAGAGGCUGCUGUAGGAGGCGGUGGGCUCUCUUUUGCUUGGAGGGUGUUGAGGCACCGACUGGACAGCCACCUGUUUGGAAGAGUGUAGUUGCAUUUGAGCUGUUCUCUGAUAGCCUCCCUUUUCUUUGCUGAGUUUCAGGGAAGUGGACAUUUACAUGUAGUUGGCUUGGAGGAAAUAGGCAGACUUUGAAUGAGCAUAACUGUUGGCCAUCAUUCAUAUUGUGGAUCUCCUAGGUUGCUGUGCUGAGAACCUUCAACAGGCCUUCCGUGUGGAGCCGGAUAACGUCACCGUCCAUGAAGGGAAAACAGCUCUGCUAAGGUGUGAGGUGGACAACCUAUCUGGCAUUGUGCAGUGGGUGAAGGAUGGGCUUUUGUUGGGACCCAACCAGGACAUCCCUAGGUUCCCACGCUACAGCAUGGUGAGAGAUCCUAGCCAAGGUGAGAAGUCUCCAGGUUUUUUGUGUGGGGGUCAUUGGAACUAGUUUCCAUCAAGCUGCCACUUCCAACUAGCUGCCACUAUCAAUUAGGGCAGGCGUGGGAAAUCUGUGGCCUUCCAGAAGUUGCUAGACUACAACACCCAUAAUUCCUGGCCAUGUUGGCUGGGGCUGAUGGGAGCUGGAGUCCAACAACAUCUAGAGCAGGGGUGCACAACCUGUGGCCUUCCAGAUGUUGUUGGACUGUACCUCCCAUCAUCCUUGAUCACUGGCUAUGCUGGCUGGGGCUGAUGGGAGGUGUAGUCCAGAAACUACUGGAGGGUUGCAGGUUGUGCACCCCUGAUUUAGAGGGCCACAGAUUCCCGGUCCUCCGACGUCUGGUUCUGCUUUGCAACACUGCUUCAGCUCUGUUUUUGUGAAUAAGGUUUUCAAAUCAUUUCAAGAAAAUUGCCAAGGAAGGAAGGGAAGGGAAAAAGCAUGGAGACCUCUCCAGUCUUUGCCAGCAAUCAUGAGAGCUAGGAAUAUAUUUGUGAUUUAUAUUAGGGAACACAGACCCACGAUAGGAGUGAUGGGGACAUUUGUCAGGUUCUGGAGGAAAGACUGGAGCUGACUAAGAUGUAUGUUGGGAGGAAUUGUUGUGAAACUGGAAAAAAAAACCUCCUCACAUUAGGUUUGUAUGAACGUGCUGGUGCUGUAUAUUCCAUUGGUGCUAAGAUAUAUUGCUUCAUCCACUGCCAUCCUACUGUUUUAAUUUUUUUGGGGUUGUUGUUUUUUUUGGAGAGGAUUUAAAUGGUUAUGAUAUUGACUUAAGUGUUCUUCCUGUGGAAUCAUGUAGGAUUUUUUUUAGAGGCGAAGUGGUAGCAAUUUCUUUAUUUAAAUAAAACAAAACUGAAAUGAAGUCGAAACUUGGUGCUUCUGAGAUAACUGAUAAAUGGCAUUUUUAGGACACCAAAUCCUGCAUUAGGAAGAACAGCACCAGCGUAUUAAUAGUUAUGGAGAAGCUGACACAGUACAGUCAUACCAGAUGCUUCAGGUUGCGUUUUUUCAGGUUAUGGACCACCGAAACCCGGAAGUACCGGAACAGGUUACUUCCGGGUUUGAGCAGUUGUGCAUGCUCAGAAGCACUGAAUCGCAACCUGCGCGUGCGCAGACGCACAGCUGUGGGUUGUGAACGCUGCGGGCAUUCCGCAUGGAUCACGUUCACAACCCGUGUGCCCUCUGUAUAGUGAAAGAGCUGGGAGAGGAUUGGAGAACCCGCUUGGAUGGGUGAUGGUGCCAGGAGCCGGAUAACUAGCAAGAGCAAAGCAGGAUUGGAGAAUGUGUCCCAGAAUGAGAAUAUUUUGAACCAAACAUGGGGGAAAAUAUCAUUUCGACUUGCCCUUGCCUUUUGAUACUUCAGGCAAGUUUAACCUGCAAAUAACAAGGAGCCAACUGGAAGACGAUGCCAUGUACGAGUGCCAGGUGGGACCCUCAGAGAAAAGCAGAGGCAUCAUCUCUCGCAGUGUGCUGCUCUCUGUGCUGAGUAAGUGCCAGAAGGAAUCUGGGAGCUCACGGUCGGCCCCUCUCCUAAUCAAUUCAUUUGUGUUCCCUCUUCCAGAAUUGGUUGAGAAACAGCCAUGUGACUCUCUGCGGACCCUUUCCCAGAGGCCACACCCUCUCUGGGUUCUUUUGCCUGCCUUGCACUGUGACUAUGCCUCUUUCUUGCUUGGGAGAAGGAGGGAGAGAUGUGUGGUGCAUGGGCCUGUGUGUGUGUGUGCACCCAUAGAAACCUUUGUGUUUCGCAUUGCUGGAAUGAAGCCUAUUGGACAAGAGAAGCGUCACAUCCAAUGCUCUGCCCACUUCUGCAUCUGAACUGGUAUGCAGACCCUGGAAGGUUGAUCCCAAGAGAAUUUGGCCCCUGAGCUGAAAAGGGUCCCCUGAUCUGACUGAAUUGGCAUUAACCCUUUGCACACAAUGGUUUUAGCUAUGAAAGUGCUGUGCGGUGUCAGGGACCGUGUUGAGGAGGGCUGCACUGAGGAGGAAUGGUGGGAGCCCCCCUUCCCCCUGCUCCUGCUCCUGAAUCUUCCUAGUUUAGACUGUCUAGAUUUGGAACAGCGGUUUGCCAAAGGGCAUAGUUCAGAAGGCAGAAGUUGGGAAAUACUGGAUGGGGAACAGCUAGGAGAAGAAACACUGGAAGAGAGAGAGUUAACAGAUUCACAGCCUCUGGACAGCAUUGCUCCACCCAGCCCAAGUUCGAGAAGAGCUCAGAAAGAUUCAGAACAGAAAGCGCAGAGGGUACAAGCUCAGAGUACAAGACGUAGGAGUGACAUAGAUUAAUAGGGACGGAUGGAGUGUAAGCCUUAAUUGGGAGCACCACCAUUCUGGGUUGACGCUUUCUUUUGUCCUUCGCUGUGUUUAUUAAAGAAACUAACUGGUAAGAAUUCCUUUUGUUUGAUCUGCUCAUUUAGGGCCACGGGGGCCAAUUCCCCGAAGUCUGACAUGUGGGGAGGAUGCUUCUGGUGGUGGAAGUGGAGCAGAGAAAAGCACCUGCACCUCACCCUUCUUCACUUUACUUCUUUUCCUUAUAGUUCCCCCCAAGAGGCCGCUCAUUAGGGAGUACCAGGCCAACAGCACAGUGACCUGGGUGGCUGGCAUGGAAUAUACGGUGCACUGCCAGGUGGAAGAUGCCCGGCCUGCGGCCGAGAUCACCUUCCGCAGUGGUGAGGAUGUUGCAUGAAUCCUAGUUCCUUCCACAAGUUGCGGGAUUGUUCUUUGGGAGGGGAGGGGAGGGGCAGGGGCUGAUUUUGUGGCAUGCUCCCUGCCAGCGGUUGCUGGUGCUCUUUGUGACUUGUAGGGUGGGGAGGCUAACCAGUAGGUGGCGCUGUAACCCAUGGCAGGCAGAGGCAACUAAUUCUAGUAUUUGCUCUAUCCUUCUCCCCACUGAGUUCUACAAGGGCAACAGAAAGGUGGAGGAGGCAGGGGUGCCACCCUCUGGACUGAGCAGAAAGAGGACGGCAGGCAGGUGGGGCUUGGGUGAAGGCAGACAGAGGUUGGUGGGGCAGUGCCCAUUUGCCCUAAUGGAUCACCCUCCAGUUUCUCUCAUUUCCAAUGAGCAAAGAGAUGUUUCUGGGACAAUGGUUCCACUGGCUGGUUCACAGGCCCGCUCCGAGGUCCAGAGAGACCUGUGCCACUUACACAUUUUGUGCCCCCCUGGCCAUAAUAAUAAUAAUAAAAAUAACACAUGAAAACAAAAUACGGCACCCACCCAGAAAACAUUGAGAUAUAAUCUGAAUGUUUUAUUUAUUUAGGAAAUGCUUUUCUAGCCUCUCUCUGUGCAAAUGCAUUCAUCAUUGAUUGAGGAGGAAAUCUAGCUUUUGCACAGUUAUAAUGAGGAAUUCUCAUGCAUGAAUAAUUCCUUAGUCAACUAGAGAUAAAACUAUAGAGAAACUUAAAUGUAACAUUUCUCCGCCUUUCAACAUACAUUUGAUCCAGCUCCAGACACCAGCAGCGGUUUGUUUAUACAAUCAGCUGAUCUGAGAAGAUACAUUCACCAUGGUCUAAUCUUGUGCUAUCGGAACCAUAAAUAUUAAUAUUGGCGGACAUUUUAAAGUCUCUAAAAUAACACAAUCAGAUUUGUCGGGGUGCCAUUAAAAGUAGCAGAGCAAAUGGCAAGACAAGUUUUGGCCCAUGGAAGUUUGGGUACAACUCAGUUCAUAAAAAGAGAGCUUUGCAUUGGAUUAAGACAAAUAGACUGAGGGACAGUCACAUUCCCAUACUAUCCGUGUACCUUUAGCCUAUCAGCUUAGUUCUCUAUCUUCUUGUUGUUUAGACUGACAUGACUUCAGUUGCAUCCUGUUUACAGCUUCCUCCUCCUCUUCCCACUGAUUCUUGGACCUCAAGAGGAGAAGUCAUCUUUUACUAUACUCUGAGAGAGUAGAUGAGCAAGCAUGGAUGCCUUGUUGUUUUCUAGACUAGUUAGGUUGUUGUUGUUGUUGUUUGUUUAAAGGGAACAUACUAGACAUCAUAAAACAGAAGGAAAAUUCUCUGGAUGCUUAGAUCCAGGGUUUGGGGCAAGUACUCUUUGGUGAGAGAGCCCCAGCAGAGAUUUAAAAUCACAUUCAGCAAAAUAAAGCGUGGAAAUAUUGGCUGUUAGACCUUUAAAAUACCCCCUUCUAAGUUUCUUCCAAAGCUCCGCUUUUCCCUUAGCAUAGAAAGAGACCACACGAUUGGUAAGUUAAAAAUAGUUUACUUACUCUUCAAAGGUCAGAUUCAUGUGUUUUUCCAUACAGCAACAAGAAAAGACAAGCAGUACAACUUAGUUUCAAAAAGUGGGAAAUGUUUCUAAGUUAUCUGUAUAGAAGCACAAAGAUGGCUUGGAAUAUUCAGCUUAGAUAUCCUUAUUAGAAGAGUUCACAUGGUGGAAGAAAAAGAACAAAGUGUUUGGUAACCCUACCUCCCAAAGUGAGGGUGUGUAACCUAGCUAAGCCUGGCAGGACAGCUUACUCUGUGGUCUUAACCCCUUCAUGCAUCCAUUAGAGUGAAGUAUGUUGGCUAAAUGAGGCUGGGUAUAUGCCACAUUCUAGAACUAGAAACUUUUUUAUCUGAGUUAUGUAUUUCCCACAAUAAACAACUCCCCCUUUCCCUACACGCAUCUCUCUCUGUGUAAUUGCAACAGGUAAAGUCUACUCUCUAAUCAAGACUCACUAGUUAAACGCUGCUCACACUGCAUACGAAAGGAUUUCAUUAGGUAAUUGGACCCUCUUAUCCCAAUAGAAAUUCUGUUGCACAAGCUGUCAUUGAAAUGUCCUGGAACUGUGCCAGAGCAUGGAAGAUGGUGAUCUGUGCUUAGAACUUAGGAAGCUGCCUGGUCUGAUUCAGACCAUUGGUACACGUGGCUCAGUACUAGCAACACUGCCUGGCUGUGGAGUUCUAGGGUUCCUGGCAAGGAGAAAUUCCCUGUGCAAUCUGGAAAUAACAGUGAUUGAGGCUGGGACCAUCUGCCUGCACAGCAGACGCUCUCCCACUAAGCUCUGGCCCCUGCCUCAUAAUCAGAGCCCUGCUAGAUCAGAUCUAAGUCCUGCAUUGUGUUCUCACAGUUGCCUCUGGGAAGCCCUCAAGCAGUUCCUGAGCAUAAUAGCGGCCUUCUCCUGCAAGCUGGUUUUCAGAGGCAUGUUUAUUAGUAGGGAAGGGAGGUACCAUUCUAGGGUCUCACCUUGGGCACCCAGCUAGUUUAGGCCAGUUUUUUCCCUUCCUAGUAUGGGGUCCCUCAGAAUUCGCUUGCUUCAUACUGUGCUAGUCUUGGCAGGGUGGGGUGGGGGUAUUUUUGAGGGCUACCAUGGGGGUAUGUGGAAGGUUGACUAGGCCACGGAAUUAGCAUCCCCCUUACCAAUCUUCCCUUUCUCCCCAGGUGACAAGGAAGUGACAGGUGUGUCAUCCAGCAUCCAACCCGGCUCCAACGACAAGCUCUUCAGCACAGAGGCAAUGCUGAGGUGCGAAGAGCAUGGAAGGAGCUCUAUAGCGCUAGCCCCCAGUUGCCUUUAUGCAGGGCUGCCCUGGGAUGCGGGUGGCGCUCUGGUCUAAACCACUGAGCCUCUUGGGCUUGCCAAUCAGAAGGUCGGCAGUUCAAAUCCCCAUGACGGAGUGAGCUCCUGUUGCUCUGUCCCAGCUCCUGCCAACCUAGCAGUUCAAAAGCAUGCCAGUGCAAGUAGAUAAAUAGGUACCACUGUGGCGGGAAGGUAAAUAGCGCGUCCGUGUGCUCUGGUUUCCGUCACAGUGUUCCGUUGCACCAGAAGCGGUUUAGUCAUGCUGGCCACAUGACCCAGAAAGCUGUCUGUGGACAAAUGCUGUCUCCCUCGGCCUGAAAGCAAGAUGAGCGCUGCAACGCCAUAGUCAUCUUUGACUGGACUAAACCAUCCAGGGGUCCUUUAUCUUUUUUUUAAAGGCUGCUCUACAGUGGAAGUCAAAAAUCUGAAGGAAUGUGGAGAGAAGUACCGUAUUUUUUGCUCUAUAAGACUCACUUUUUCCCUCCUAAAAAGUAAGGGGAAAUGUGUGUUCGUCUUAUGGAGCGAAUGCAGGCUGUGCAGCUAUCCUAGAAGCCAGAACAGCAAGAGAAAUUGCUGCUUUCACUGCGCAGCGAUCCCUCUUGCUGUUCUGGCUUCUGAGAUUCAGAAUAUUUUUUUUCUUGUUUUCUUCCUCCAAAAACUAGGUGCGUCUUGUGGUCUGGUGCGUCUUAUAGAGCGAAAAAUACGGUACAUGCAGAGUAGGGGCCAAAGGAGAGGAAAGCUGGGGAAGAAUAAAUCCUUCCCUUGUGGUUUCUCUCACCUUCUCAUUUUUCCAAUCUUAAUUUCAGUUUGCCAUCUUUCCUCAUUAGUUUAUAUUAAAAAAAAUAAUUCUCCCCAGAUACACAUUUUUGCAAGCAAAUGUUCCCUGAUCAACACAUUUUUUGCAAAGCAAUUUCCCCUCCAAAGGGAUGCAUUUUGCACGCCGUUUUCACUAACUUAUGCAUUUUGAUGCACACAUUUGCCCCUGGUAGACCCAUUUUUGCACCCAUAUUUUAGCUGGACAACUGUAUUUCCAAAUUAGGAGAAGUGAGAAUUUCUAAGGCAGCUGCAGUUUGGAUUUGUGUAUUCUGUUGGAAAGUGCAAAUGAUGUAGGUUUGUGUGAACCAAACCAGACCCCCCCCCACCAAAAACAAUUACUAGCUUUGAAUCGCUCCUGUGGUCUCCUCCUCUGCUUUCUUCCAGGAUCACUCCCCAGAGCUCAGACAACAGGCAACGGCUGACGUGCGCAGCUUCUAACCCAGUUGCCUUAAUCCCAGUUGUUGUCAGCUUCACCAUGAAUAUCCUGUGUAAGUCACUCAGAAUGCUUGGUCAGACCUUUCCCUUUUCCAGGGCUAAAGGUAACCGUCAGCAUAAUCGCCACUAUGUGCCCAAGGAAACUGUUAUUUCUUUCCUAAUAAAAAAACAAACACAAAAGGAUAAGGAAUGAGGAGGUGGAGGAGGAAGCAAGAGAUCACCCAGGGCAGUUGCAAUAAAAGGCAGAAGAAACAAGAGACGAUAACAGAGCAAAUGGACAAGGGAAAGUAUGAGAUAAUUAAAGGGUAGGUUUGGUGUUUUUUUUAAGGUUCUUUUUAAAACAAGACAAGGUCAGCAUGUGAUGGAAAUAGCUCGUAUCAGCUGGGGUCCAAUCCACACCACACUUUUAAAGCACACGUCUUCCCCCAAAGAAUCCUGGCAACUGUAGUUUACCGUUCACAGAGCUACAAUUCACAGCACCCUCGACAAACUACAAUUCCCAGGAUUUGUUUGUAGGAAUACAUGUGCUUUAAAUGCACUUUAAGAUAAUGGUGUGGAUGUCACCUAAAUCUUUAAGGUCUGGUCAACCCAGCCAGGCAAGCGCCAUCCUCCUAAGUCCUUGUAAACAGCUUGUUUGAUUUGGGUGUGUUUAGUUUCCUCUGUGGAUCAGCGCCUGUCAUUCAAAACAGACCUGCGUCCCAGCUUUUGCCCUAUCAUUUUGACGAUGAUAACUCGGUAUCCUUUGACUGAUUUAGAGCAAAGGUGCAGAAUCUGUGGCCUCUAGAUGUUACUGGACUCCAGCUCCCAUCCGCCCCGGCCAGUCUGGCCAGCAGUCAAGCAUAAUGGUCAAUGGGGAUGACUUCUUUGACCAUUCCUGAACAGGGAGAGCUUGGCUACCGUAGUUGAUGAACUGGUGACUUCAAGACUGGAUUACAGUACUGCAAUGCAUUCUAUGUGAGACUUCCCUUGCGCUUGCCCUGGAAACUGCAGUUAGGCACUAGUCUGACACUCUAACCACUGCACAUCACUGUCUCCCCACCCCUAUGGAAAAGGAAGGUUGCUGUAGGUAAACAGGAACUGGUGGCCUUAGGGACCUCCUCUCCUUUGAGUUUCAGCCAUAUCGUUCUGCUCUCUUUGACAGUCCCACCACAGCCACCUGUCAUCAGGGGAUACGAUGGCCCCACAGUAAAAGCCAAGGACAAGGUAGAGCUGACCUGUAUUUCUUUGAGUGGGAACCCACUGGCUACUCUGCAAUGGCUAAAGGUGAGUGGGGGAACUUUGAGGCGCUAGUCUUUUUGUACUGACUUGUUUGCUGAGUUGAGUUCCCCUUCCCCCCCAUUGUGCUCUGGGGAGAGGGGAGCUGUUUUCGUGUGUGCACAAUUCUUUUCUUUUUUUGUGGGUGGGACGACAAAUCAUUUGCUAUUGGAGAAAGCCCAGAUCCUCCCCCAGGUGUCUGGAGUUUGGGAUACUGUACAGCAGACCAUUGCUCCUGCUCUCCUUAACAUUUGGGUGGACAUUUCUGUGACUUCCAGGCUGUAAAUGCAAAAGCGUCCCAGUGAGUGCCACCUGGUGGUAAUUAUUCUGUUAGCAGCCAGUGAGGGACCUGCAGCCAGAUUUUCUGACAGGCUAUAUGUUAUAACCCCACAAUUCCCCUUCUGCUACAUCAGCAACAGUACAGCCCUUCCUGUCCCAUUAUCUGGUGUGGAGUUUUAGCUCAGCUUUCUGUUCUCUUUGAUCUCUUCCUGCAUUCCUCAAUCCACUCUGUCUGUCUUUUAGCCCUUGGCCUCUUCCACCUUCUCCUUGACUUGCUGCAGCCUCCAUGUUUUUUUUCCAGUCACCUGGCCUUCUUCCCUGCCUCCUCCAUCCUUGUUCCUGGUGCGUCUUCUUCUCUUUCAGCACCCCAGCCUCCCCUCUGUGUUUCUCUUCCCUUUCCCCCUUCUUUAUAACAGUAGCUCAGUGUUCUGUGAUUUUCCCUUCCCUCUCAUCAGUUGGAAUGCUCAUAUACAUUCAUUGGUGACAAAGCAGCUAAGGAUUGCUCAAUGUAUUGUGGCUCUCACACGGUUUGAAACAGCCUGCCUAUGGCAGUUGCUCCACAUGGUGGCUGUUCUACUGAGGAAGAGCCACAGAGCACACGGCAUUCACACAGAAGACCCAAGAUUCAAUGCCAGACUUCUACAGGAAUGCCCCCUGCCUGAAACUCUGGACUGGCUGCUCCAAGGGGUAUAGCUAGAUAGACCAGGAGUCUUACAAGCACUAGAAAGCAGCUUCCAACAUCCCUGAGGUUUUCUAGUGAUGGUGCAUAGAGGUUUUAUGAAUGGCAGCAGCAAUCCACAUGUUGUCCAAUUUGUAUAUGGUGUUACAAGGUUUGCUGGGCCCUAGGCUCUAUCCUCCUUCUCCUGGUCUCUAAGAGAAGGAAGGAAAGAAGUCUGUGAGCCCAAAAUAGGUUAUUUCCCUGCUUGGUUUGAGAACAUUUGCUAUUUGCUCAGCCCCUGUGCUCAUUGAGCUCCAAAGUCAUGGUGCAUUAGGGCCAGCCAGGUGUUUCUGACUGCCUACUGCUUCUGUCCUCUGCUCCUAUCCUGGCAUACUCCUACUAAUUUAUUUAUACCCCACUCAUCUGUCUGGGUUUCCCCAGCCACUCUGGGCAGCUCCCAGCAGAAUAUUCAAAACACGAUAAAACAUCAGACAUUAAAAACUUCCCUAAACAGGGUUGCCUUCAGAUGUCUUCUAAAAGUCAGAUAGUUGUUUAUUUCCUUGACAUCUGAUGGGAGAGCAUUCCACAGGGCAGGUGCCACUACCAAGAAGGCCCUCUGCCUGGUUCCCUGUAACCUCAAUUCUCGCAGUGAGGGAACUGCCAGAAGGCCCUCGGAGCUGGACCUCAAUGUUUGGACUGAACGAUGGGAGUGGAGAUGCUCCUUCAGGUAUACUGGGCACUGCCAGGCCCCUCCCCUAUCUUGUCAACACCCCACCCUUCAGCUUCCAGGCUCUUCUCCCUGGAUCUCAGCUAUGGGCUUGUGCCUUACAGAACGAUGAAGUGAUUUCCACGAACUGGGAGACGGACAACGCUGGCCAAUUGUCCCGGAGCUCCCUCAGCCUCAGCAUCACAGCAGAAGACAACAUGGCUACAAUCAGCUGCCAGGCCUUGAACCAAGUCUUGCCCCUUCCCCUGCAAGCCAGCAUCACUCUGCACGUGGUCUGUGAGUGUUGGGACUGUCCCUUCCCAAAGCAUGCCUGGGUAGUUUGUCAUGAAGUUGACUUGUUUCAACCAGGACUUGACUGAAUAUCCUGCCCUUCCUUUCCUGGGACCACUCAUUCCCAUAGAAGUAUGUGUGUAGGAGGGAGAUAUUUGGUGACUUGGGGAGGGGGCAAGCAAAUGCUCAUUUGUGGGUGCUGUGGCCAUGCUUUCAAGCACGAGGUUGCCAUUGUGUGUUCUUUUUGCAAUACAAUAAGUCUUUCCAUCACUUCAAGUGACAGUAGAUCACUAGUAUUCCUGGAAUUAAAUGCCCCAAUGGGAAAAAUGCUCCCUCGUGAUAGUGUUAUUCCCAGAGGAACUUUUCGGAGGGGAAGAUUGGUCAAGGAGCAAUGUUUCUUUAACUUUUAUUUUAAAAAGUAGUUGAAGGAAGACAAAAUCCACAUCUAACAUAUCUUUCAAGGUAAUAUCACCCCUUGAACAUUCUUAGGAAUUCACCCCCUGAAAAUUAACCUUGUCUUCAGAAGCAUAUUUCCCCCUCCCCACCUUUGCAAAACUUACAAAAUUAACUGGGCUCAAAUACUUUGACUCAGCACUGGUUCCAAGAAACCAUAGUUAAGAUUAAGUUCAUUUUAGGGUUCAGAUGGAAAGGUAAACUGUGGUUAUUUUAAGACAGACGUGAAGCCUCCAAUCUCCUCCUUUCCACCAGAAGAGAGGGAUGGGGAGUACAUGCACCCAAAUCUCUCCUUGUCUCCUUCCUGUAACUAGAGCUUUUUGCUAUGUUUGAAUACAGACACUAUCCUGCACAGGGCUGUCUUAAGCAUAUGUGGCACCAGGGUGCAAAGAUCCGCCCGCCCCCCCCCCCAGGUUGCCCAGUCCCAGGUGCGCAGGAGGGCGGAGCUGGCCAGCCGCCUCAGCGUGUCGCUGGCUCGGUCGCCCCCGAACUUGCGGCACAGCAGAAGAGUCCACUGCGGUGCUCCGACCAGUGGGCGGGCUCUUCCCCAGACUCAACUUUUGGGCCCCAGACUCUAGGCCUGGAGCCCCUGGGAGCCUGGCGCCUGGGUGCCCCGCACCCCUAUUGCCUAUGGGUAGGACGGCCCUGAUUUUGCAUACCCACUAAACCAGCAGUUCUCAACCUGUGGGUCCCCAGAUGUUGUUGGACUACAACUCCCAUCACCCCUAGCUAGCAAGGCCAGAGCUCAGGGAUGAUGGGAGUUGUAGUCCAACAACAUCUGGGGACCCACAGGUUGAGAACCGCUGCACUAAACCUUUAAGGCACAUUUACCCCCUCAAAUAAUACUGGGCACUGUGGCUUACACUUCACAGAGUUACAAUUCCCAGCAAGCCUUGACAAACUACAACACCCAGAAUUCUUUGAGACGAAAAAUGUGCUUGGGGUGUAUACGCAGCCUCAGCCACUAGGUCCAUUUUGUAAACGACGACAACAACCUUGCUUCCCUUCGCAAAAGUCAAGCAUGUUGUACUUUCCCAGAGGCACUUGGAAUGACAAACAAAACUGCAACCAACUUUCUUCUCCUGGUGAAAGGGAAAGAAGGACACAAUGAUUUGAAAACAAAAAUGGGCACAUCUAAGUCUUGCACUGGGUGACUAAUAUCCUUCUCUCUCCCCCCCACCCACCCCCGGGCUCUACCUUUUGGAUGACAGUUCUCCCCGACCAGGUGAAAAUCAUAGGCUCAAGUAGCACCGAGGAAAACAAGGAGGUCUCGCUGUCUUGUUCCACCUCUGCCAGCAACCCACCUGUCUUGCUGCGCUGGUGGCUGGGCUGGAAGGAGCUCAACGCCACAGAGGUCACUGUGUCAGAGGUAGGCAAUAGCAGGGGCCCAUCCUGCUAGGAGGCUGAGUGAGAUGGGUCCUAUGUGGACGGUAAUUAGAGGGCGUCAGUGGACGUUUCAUCCUCUCUUGUUCCUGAGCUAAGGAUGGGGCAGGAAUUUGAAGGAAAACUUGUUUAAUCUGCACUUUCUGAAAUGAUAGAUGAACUAAAACACAGCUGCCCUUUGAAAUUCGCACUUCUAUGAAUGUUGCAGUGCACAUAAUGUGUACAAAAAUGUGUACCCUGGAGUCAAAAGUGCAUCAGAAGGCAUGCGUAAGAAAAAAUAGGAGACAAAAAUGCAUUCUGUGAGGAGGAAGUGCUUUGUAAAAAUGUGCGUAUUGGGCAAAAUUGUAUAAAAAUACAGUGGUACCUCUGGUUAUGUACUUAAUUCAUUCCGGAGGUCCAUUCUUAACCUGAAACUGUUCUUAACCUGAAGCACCACUUUAACUAAUGGGGCCUCCUGCAGCUGCCACGCCGCCGGAGCACAAUUUCUGUUCUCAUCCUGAAGCAAAGUUCUUAACCUGAGGUAAUAUUUCUGGGUUAGCGGAGUCUGUAACCUAAAGCCUAUGUAACCCGAGGUACCACUGUAUAUGCAUAUUGAGAGAGAUUUGCACUAAAAUGCUGCUGAGUUUUCAUGAGGACUUGUCUUUAUUUGGGUUUGUUUUUUGUUUUUUUGGUGCAAAGUGUUAUGUGGAAAGGUGAAGAACUGAACUUGAGAUUGGGAAAAUGAGAAUGGAGAAAAACCAAAAUUGACAGAUUCUCCCUUCCCUACUUUUAGAUGUCGCCUUCCAACUUUUCCAGACAAACAGGAGAUUUUUGAAUCCAGGGGGUUGUGUGGGGGCACAAAAUGGAGGUGAGGCGGUACAUUAUGGCAGAGUCCUUUGGGACACUCUCUCUAAGGGUGUCCCAAUUUGGAGAGUACUCUCUUUCCAGGGCCUCCUAGCCGAUGGGUUCCCAGUGGAAAGGUUCCAGCCCAUCAGAGCCUGGGUUGGGGUCCACCACUUCCACCGCUGGUCUUCUGAAUCCAGUGGAUUCCAUUGUCUCCAUGUCAAGACUUAUCUGCUGGUUCGGAUCAUGACAGGGAGGGCCUGAAGCAUGAGUUUAGGGGCCAUGAGCGUGGGAAAGUAAGGGCCUCUGAGAAGACUGUACUGUCCCAGAUUGUAGGGGAAGUAAGAACAUUGUAUGGGCAUUGAGGAAGGUUGUAACUCAGUGGUAGAGCAUCUGCCUUUCCUGCAGGAAGACCUAGGUUCCGUCUCUGGCAUAUCCUGGUUGGGUUUGGAGUUUCCUCUUCUCUGAAGCCCUGCUGCCAGUCAGUGUAGACAAUACCAAGUUAGAGGGACUUGUGGACUUUCAGAGUGCUGGGAAAUCAGGGAAACAGCCAUUUUGAAACCAGUUGUUUAGAUCUGCCUCUUCUCCCUUCUCAAACUGACAAUUGCUGACUGAGGCCUGAUAUCCUCCUACAGGCAGCUCAUGGCGGGAUGAUCACAGUGUCUAACAUCACAUACACAGCACGCCGUGAGGACAACGGAUUGUCUCUGAUCUGUGAGGCCUUCAAUGAAGCCAUCCUCUAUGCCAAGAGUGCUACCGUGACCCUCCGAGUACAGUGUGAGCAGGAGGGAUGAUUGUGUGUGUGUCAUGGCAACGGUUGUCAUGUGUGACGUGUUUUGAAUCCCCCCUUCUCAUAUCUGUUUCCUCCUUCUCUUCCCCAUUCUUGUUUUUGUCCUUCAGAUCCACCUCAGAAGAUCUGGAUUGAUGUGCCACCCCCAGAAACAUGCUUUCGAGCUGGCACCGUAGUCAAGCUCACCUGCUUUGCCAGCGGCGGACACCCUCUGCCUCGCCUCGAGUGGUACAAGGUGGUCCAGCAUUACUGCCUCCAGGGCCAGCGCUACCAUUAGGCUGGGUUGGGAAACUUUUUCAGCCUGAGAGUCAGUGGUGGUGGUUGAGGAACAGAGGCAAAACUUGGCAGAACAACGAAUGCAAAUUUUAUCUUUGUACAAUAGGCUUGUUUCUAGACACCCAUCCUCAUACGCUGUCCUUCUUCUUGGCAACCAAGGGACAUGAUCAGCGUUCAAGGGCACAUCACAGCCAGGCAAAAAUACCUGAGGAAGUUGUGAAGCCAGGACAGUGAGGGGCAUGGUCUGGGGUGAGAGGGUAUGGUUGGGGAGGGGCUGUCACCCAGAGAGAGUCUCAAGGACCCAGGUAGGAAGGUCUGGAGGCCAAAUUUGGCCCCCGGGUCUGAGUUUCCCCUCCAUUGCAUUAGACAAAGUGAGGUAGAUGACAAAUGGUAGAUGCUGGGGGCAGUAGAAGCGACCCCAUGGCUCUUCUUCCUAAGGACCCCUGGCCAGUCCUGAGUGAUGGGUGCCCAAUUGGCCAAUCCCCCCAGAGUGGCUGCCUCUCCGCUUACCCCCACUGCAAUCUGGAUUCUUUCUACAGGAGAGCAAAGUAGUGAGGGACAGGACAACUCCGGGGUCAUCGGGGAACAUUGUCUCCAAGGAGCUGCUCCUCACCACGACUGCCAGCGACAACAUGGCUGCUUACUACUGCAAGGCAUUUGGAAGUUCCAGAACCCCAGCGCUCACUGCAGAGACUCGCCUGCACGUCCAGUGUAAGCUUCAACACUCAUGUGCACCCUUCCGGCCUUGAUCUGAACGGAGGGCGUGUUUGCGGGGGGACAUGUGACUGAGACAUAAGAGCAAGAUGCUCAAGAGAAAUGUAACUGUCUACAGAAUCACAGAACUGUAAAAUUUUAAUGGACCUCAAGGGAGAAUUAGUCGAAUCCCCUGCAAUGUCUAUCAAUGUCAACGUGGUUCCCCAUCUAUCUUCUCCAUCCUGGGGCUGGGGCAAGUCUGGGUAGUGGCAAGUCUGGGGCUGCACCGGCGGAGCCAAUCUGACCACUUCACUGGUGCGACUGCAGAGCCCCAGCCUCGUGGCCACCUGCCCCAGCCGCAUCUAGGCAGGCUGCAGUAAUGCCAAUGUCAGAAAAGUGGCUCCAUCCCAGUGGGUGGGACAAUACCAGGUCCACCAGGCAGCAGGAGAGACCUGAUGGAUACGUCCGAGCCCCUUUAAACCCAACCAGUUUCCUUGGAGGGGAUGGAGCUUGAGACUGCCACCCAAUGAUGGUGAGGCUGCUUAAGCUCAUUGUUUGCUCCAGACUAAACCAUUGAUGGGACAAUGUUCCAAGCUGGCUGCUCUUAGGUGCCUUGUGUACAUCCUGCCUCUGUAUUCAGAACCACAGUGAGCUGUCCGUGGUCCUGCCCUCCUCUGAAGCAGCCUGGGUGUCUGCUGAGCUUCACCAGUAUAUUGUGCAGGGUGCAAGGGCAAUAUGCCAAGUUAUAGCAUCUAGCUCACUAUUGUCGACAGUGACGGGCAGCGGUUUCCCAUGGUUUCAGGCAUAAUAAGUCUGUUUCCAGCCCUAGCUAGAGAAACCAAGGGUUAAACCUGGGACCUGUUGCAUGCAAAGCCCCUCUCUCACUGAGUGGCAGCUUUCACACACAGUCUAGUAGAGGGUGCCUGGGAAGCCACCCUGGGCUCCUUUGGGAGGAAGGGUGGGAUAUAAAUAAAAUAAAAUUGAUGACUCAAGCAAGCAAGCAUCCUGGGAAGAAGACUGGGCUUUAGAACUCCUGCCCUGCUAGCUUUCCAAAUGCAAAUGAUUUACGAUAUGGGUGAAACCCAUAAAUAUGGGAUUUCCCUCUUCUAUUAUUUUAAAGUGAUAGCAUCCAUAAGCAAGAAAUAUUCUUUUUGGCUUGUUUGUUUCUGGUGUAUUGAUAAGCUCAGCCCCAAGAGUUGUGGCACCACAAGCGGAAAGAUGGGACCUGAACAUAGGAAGCUGCCUUUUACCAAAUCACGGCACUGAUCCAUCCAGCUCAGUAUUGUCAACACUGGAUUGCCGUGGCUCUCCAGGAUUUCCAGAAAAGAGGCUCUCUGAGCCCUAUCAGGAGAUGCCAGGAAAUGAACCCAGGGCCUUCUGCAUGUGAGCCAGAGGCUCUGCCACUGAGCUAUAUCUCCUAUCUGUACCUCAAUGCAGAAGGUCUGAAUACAGACCUUAUACGAUCUUCCCCAAUCCACACCCGUCAAUUUCUUCUGAAUCACAACUCCCAUCAUGGUCACUGUGGCCAGGGCUGGUGGGAGUUGUAGUUUAAGGCAUCUGGAGGGCAGCAGGUUGGGGAAGGUUGGCAUGGAGGGUAGAGCUAGGAGGUGGCGCCGAAGCCUGAGUCUUGACAGCCAGCCGCUUUCUUUCCACAGUCCCGCCCCUAAGCGCAAAAAUUACGGUGACAGCCAAGGAGGUCAGACCUGGCCAGUCAGUGACUCUUCACUGCAAAUCAGGCAGCAGCAACCCUCCCGCCAACCUCACCUGGCUCAAAGAUGGGAAAAGGUAAGAGGAUGUCUGACUUCCCCAAUGCCCAUCCUACAUCAGCUUCACCUGCAGGUCUCUCUAUAUCUUCAAAGGCCCUUGUCCAUUUCUGCCAGGGCUAGUCCAAUACAUUUUGGAACCUUGGGUAGGAUUGUGUCCUUUGACCUCUCACUCUUUGCUCCUCCAGUUUGCUGGAACUUCUUAGGGCUCAGUCAUGGACAAAGGUGAUGUGGACACCCACAGUCUCUCCAGCUUGUUUUCCUGUGUGUAUUAUUAUUAUUUCCACUUAUAGAGCAGUUAUUAUCCAAAGUUCUCCAAGUGGUUUAUAGUAGGUCAGCGUUCUUCAGCCUUGGAUCUCUAGAUACUGUUGGGUGACAGCUCCCUUCAUCCUUAGCCUUUGGCUAAGUUGGCUGUGGUUGAUGGGAGCUGCAGUCCAACAGCACCAGGGGACCUGGAGUUGAAAAACACUGCAGUAGGUUACAUAUGAAUAUAAGCAUUGUAAGUAAGGCAGAGGGCCUUCUCGGUAGUGGCGCCUGCCCUGUGGAACACCCUCCCAUCAGAUAUCAAGGAAAUAAACAACUACCUGACUUUUAGAAGACAUCUGAAGGCAGCCCUGUUUAGGGAGCUUUUUAAUAUCUGAUGUUUUAUCGUGUUUUGAAUAUUCUGCUGGGAGCUGCCCAGAGUGGCUGGGAAAAUCCAGCCAGAUGGGCGGGGUAUAAAUAAUAAAUAAUUAUAGUAUUAUUAUUAUAUAAGUACCACAAAAACCAUGCUCGGGAGUCACAAGUGGGCAGAGUUGCUGUUGUCCUCAGGUCCUUCUUGGAGGCUUUCCGUAGGCAUAUUUUUGGCUACUGGGAGAACAAAAUUCUGGACUAGAUGUGCCAAUGGCCUGAUCCAGCACAGCUUUUUCUUGUUCUUAUAAGUUCUUGAUAAGUUAUUGUUAGUAGUGUUUCUUCUUCAGGUUGAAGGCAACUAACCCAGAGCAGAAGAAAGCAGAAUUUGGAGGGUUUUCCACUUCAGGAAAGGUGACUCUAGUGGUGUCAUCUGCAGAUCAUGGGAUGAGAGUAGAAUGCCAUGCAUACAGCUCUGUCCUCUCUGAAGGUGUGAAUACCUUCUACCAGCUCACUGUCCUAUGUAAGUAUGAAGUAGGGAGGGGAGGGAAGUUCAGUUCAGUUUUACAUUUGAAGGUGAACCUACCUAAAAUGAAUGCAAAGCUACCUAAGCCACACUUUCCGAAACAAUGUGUGAACCGAAAAGCAUCCGCCCUUCAAAAUGCAUGGUUCUCUGAAUUUUGCACUGCAGUUCCCCAACCAUUUUUGUAAUGUGCAUAGGCUAGAGUAAAAUGUGCAUAGAAAUGCAUGAAAAUAACAAAGAAAGAUGUAUUGUAUUAGGGAAAACAGCUUGCAAAUAACCUAGCAUAUUAGGCAAAACUGCAGAAAAUAUGUAUAUGGAGAAAUGUAAAAUAAAAUGCUGUUGGAUUUUCACAAGGAUUUCAAAAACCAUUUUGCAAACUGACGGAGAAAUGAGGAAAGCAAACUGGAAGGAACAACCAGGAGGCGGGAGCUGUCACUCAUGUGUGUCUUCCAUGACCACAUUGCAGUUCAUUGGGCUGAAAUCAUGGUUGAUUUGUUUACAGUUUUAGCAUGUGUUGUCCCCAGGGCGGAUGUAAGGCAACGUUUACCCAGAGGGUUUCUGUGGAAGCUCUUUGAAAUGUAAGCCUGGCAAUUUGAAAUGUACCAGCAACAACCUGCCAUAUGCUCAUAUUAGACACCUUUGGGCUUCAAGAAGCAGGAGGGAAAGUCAGUGGGAAAGUCAUCUGAGAAUCCCUUAUUCCUCUGCUUUUUGCACAGUUCCCCCAGAGUUCUCCUCUGAGCAACCUCUAGUAGUGCAGGCUGUGGAGCACGGAGCUGUUCAGCUGCCCUUGCUGGUGUCGGCCAGCCCUCCAGACAUCACCUAUCGCUGGAGCUUCCUUGGUGAGGUACUCUUGACAGGUGGGUCCAGCAUCAUUCUUGGAGUGAAGUCCCAAACUGUUGCUGUUAUUUUGUCACCAGUGUGCCCGUCUUUUUGCAGACAAAUGAGACUGGUCCUGGCUACAAGGAUCUUCCAAUCAAAGGGCCAAAUUAGAUGGGGCAUUGAAUAUCUUUGCAUUUAAUUUGCACUUUUUAAAAAAUGCAAAUAGCAUCCACACAGUGAGUUAUGAUAAUCACCUGGCUUGCAGCAAGUCAGGAGGAAUUUUACCAUUUCCUCUCUGGCUGCGGUUCUAAGGAAAAUCCUCCUUUUGAAGCUAUUUACACUGGAAGGAAAAUAUAUUUGUUGACUAAUACAGGGGUAGGGAACCUGUAGCCCACACACUGUUGCUGCACUCCACUUCGCAUUAUCCCUGACUAUGGGCCAUGCUAUCUGGGAGGGAAGGGAGUUGGAGUUGAACAAAUAUCUAGAUGGCCACAGGUUCUCCAUCCUGAGUUAAUAUGCCUCCUGGAAUCCUUAGCGGGCUUCAUCCUUCUGGUGAAAAAAUAUGCCUUGCAGCAAAAGGGUAAAUUGUGGAAUGACAGCUGGGUGGGCCAGUGUCAGGAGCAAUAAAUCACACGGGAUCAGCCAACUUAACUCUUUAUUCAAGGAAACAAGGUCUGCCUAGUGAGCACAGCAAGUCAUCCCAGUAGGUCUUGCCCCUAUGAGGCAGUUGUGGAGAUUGAAGGUCCCCGCCUCCCCACAGUUGCCUAAGUCUCCCCCUCCUCUGAGUCCUUUCUAAGUAAUCUGAGAUUCUGUCGCUGUGCCUGUCUUCACUCCUCCCUCUUCAUAACUCUUUUGGUUCUGGGAGACCAGCAGGGAGGGGAGCUGGUCACAGCAGCAGGAGGAGACACCCUGGCUUCCUCACCAACCUGACUCAUCUCUGCCUCUUGGCCUCCUCUCUUGCCUCUGAUUCUGGACUGCUAUCUUCCCCAGACUCUCCCUGCUCACUAAACCCUGUUAGCUCUUCAACUUCCAAUCAUUCCUCCUCCCAGGCUUUGCCCUCUAACCACUCAUCAUCGUCCCAUCACCAACCCCUGCCUCUGAGUCUUCUUCCCUUGGGGGUUCCCCAGUUGCUGCCUCCUGCCACUCCUCUGCAUCCAGCCAGUCCAUGACAGCCAGCCUGCUCUCUUUCUCUCUCUGGUCUGCUGCUCGCCUGUUCCUAACCCAGUGAAGACUGGUCCAUUAGGCCCAGUUGGGCAUUGCCCCACCAAGCUCAGCUGUCCUCGGCUAGCCCCCACUUGCUUACCUCCUUAAUUGCAAGGGCUAUCAGCUUCCUCUUCCUGAGUCUCAGGGUUGCCUUUGUAGAGCUCAGCUGGGCGGAAGACAGGGACAAAAAAACAGAAUUAGUUCACUUUCCCUGUCAUUGGUUCUGGCUCCAUGACCUCUGCCCCACCAGGUCCAAUAGCCAACAGCCACCACUGUCCUUGGCCCUUGCUGAGAGCCAGUGUGGUGUAGUGGUUAAGAGCGGUAGACUCGUAAUCUGGUGAACCAGGUUCGCUUCUCCACUCCUCCAUAUGCAGUUGCUGGGUGACCUUGGGCUAGUCACACUUCUUUGAAGUCUCUCAGCCUCACUCACCUCACAGAGUGUUUGUUGUGGAGGAGGAAGGGAAAGGAGAAUGUUAGCCACUUUGAGACUCCUUCAGGUAGUGAUAAAGCAAUAUAUCAAAUCCAAACCCUUCUUCUUCUUCUUCUUGUCUGCAAUGCUUUCCUUAAGAUUGGUCGCCUCUCUGUCUUCCUUAGAGGGUUCCCCACGGUAUCACCUGCGGGAUGGUGGCUCUCUAGAGAUCUGGAACCUGACCAGGGCGGAUGCUGGCAAGUACAAGAUCUACUGCGAGAACCCAGAAGGCCACAAUGAAACGGCCCUCUUGUUGGAUGUGCAGUGUGAGUAUCAGGUGGAGAGGGCAUACCAUGUAUUCUGUCACUUGAAGGAUGAGGGGCCUCAUCUGUGCUUUUCUGUCCUUUGUGAUUAUAGCUCUGACAUGCUCUCCUCUGCCUUCCUUCUCUUGGUGUCUCAGCACACAUCCUCUCGCAGCUGGCCUGGGUUUAGCUUCAUGCCUGCUCUUGGGAACCAAUGCUACAUCACACUCUCUCUUUGUGCGGUGGUGUAACAUAGGAAUGGGCAAAUCCUUCGGUUUCAGUUUCCAUCAUUUCCCCAAUCAGCAGUGCUAUUUGUCACAUUUCCCGUUACACACACACACACACACACACACACACACGUGUGCAUCCCUAAGGCGGUCGGAUGGUGCCUUGCUCACCUCCUUCUGGCAACUCCUGAAGCCCAACCAGUGCCAGACAUAUUGCUCUGCUUUCCUUUGGACCACAUCAGCAAAGCUGAGAGGGGUUCUCAACAUUUGGGUAGCCCAAGACCUCCAUACACCCUGGCCAGGCUUUUGCCCCAGAGAGGUGGUUUGAGUUCACUCCCAGAGGUGUGCUCCAUUCUCUCUCUGAACAGCUGGAUGCCAGCAACGUAUACUUACUCUCUCUCUCUCUCUCUCUCUCUCUCUCUCUCUCUCUCUCUCAUCUCUUUAUGACAUUUGUCAGCAUUUUGGAGUUCACUUCUUUUAAUAUACACAUAUUUGAAUGCCAUCUUACCUAAUGAACACACCUUUCCCAGCAAUUUCCCUUAAUAUACACUAGUGGCCAGAAUUGUGGAAACCUUUUGGAAGAAGUGUAUUUCUGAGGUUUGAUGGCUCAUAACACCACUUUUUUUUAAAAAAAGUAAUACCAUAAAAUUACAUAUCAGUGGAAAGAUAAUUUAAUGAAGAAUGCAAUGCAACAAAGUUUGUUCACUUAUCUGUAUUCUAUAAAAAGGUUAUAGCCAAAUAACCAGAAAAAGGAAGCACAACUUGCUUAGGUUGAUAUGCAGUAGGUUUCCUUCAUUUCAGUGUAGCCAAUGAGCAUGAGCGUUUAUGAGCAAUCAAACUUGGGAAAUACACUUUCCCCAAAAGGUUUCCACAAUUUUGACCACUAAUGUAAUUCACUUUCAUAUGCAAUGUUUAUAAUUCUUUUUAUUUAUUAUUGUGCACACUUUCCCCUCUUAGACGCUUCUUUGGUUGGGAAACUGCAUUGCUAAGUGUGCAUUUUGCAGGAUAGCUGCUUUGGGGGAGUAGCUAUUGUUUCAGGAUAUGUGAAUUAGUUAGAUUUGCAUUAAAAUGUGGACCAAAUUGAAAUUCUUGCCUGUCGAUAGCAUGCCACGUACCUUUCCCCCCAUGAACAGAUUCGCCAUCCAUCCGCAGCAUUGGAGACCCAACCUAUGUGGACCUGGGGGGCACAGCUGAGAUUGAGUGCCAGGCGGAUGCCAACCCCACACCUGCAAACAUGUUCCAGUGGAGAUGGCUGGUAAGUGGCUAGUCUAGACCAGAAGCUGAGGUUAAGGGUGGAAAAAGACUUUCUGUUUGCUUCAAGCUUUUACCCUGUGGCCCUGCUGAUGAUGCUGGACUACAAAUCCCAUUAUUGCCAACCGUUGGGCAUGCUGGCUGGGGCUCAUGGGAGUUGGAGUCCAACUAUAUCUGGAAGGCUGCAGUUUCCUGACCUUUCCAGUCCAAGGGCCGCACUUCUCCUCUGGGUAACCUUAUAGGGGCCACACGACAGUCCUGGGUGCACCCAAAGCCAAAAUUGGGUGGAGAAAUGGAUGUGACUCUAAUCGACAUUCCAGCCAUUCAAACAGCUGCAUCUCUCCAUCCUUGAUGCAGGGGAGCAAGAGUCAUGAGUUCAACUGUGUCAACAGUUCAAUGACACAGUCCAGACAAGCAAGAGCACUGAAGGCGCUGUGGUUUUGUGACCUAGAGAAAAUUCCGAGGACCAAGUGUAGAGGUUCUGGACAGGACUGGCCCACCCAUGAGGGACCUGAAGCAGCUGCCACAGGUGGCAGAGUCCCUCAGGGUGGUGCCUCUGUGGAUAAUCCCCCUGCCACUGCCAGAGUCACAUAGUUAAAGCAGCUUUUGGUGAGAUCUUGUGGAGUUUGUGUAGGAUCUCACCAGAAGUCACUGCCAUGCAACCUUGGUAAGUAGAGGGGGAAGUGGUGGGGUUUGGAGGCGGCACCUUCCUGUUUCGCUACAGGCGGCAAAACAGGCUGGGCUGUCUCUAAGUCCCCCACCCCUGCUUAUCCUCACUCCCAUCCAAAAUGCCACAACAGAGGCUGUUACUUGUGAGUAAGAGAGAGAUCUUUAUUCAGGCUAGGAUGGUACAAACUCAGCAGCACACUCAGGGUCCAUAAGACAUGAAGCCAAAGUACACCAGCAACAAAGCCUUAAGCUGCUUUAUUCUGUCAGCCAAUAGUCUCACCAGACUAUUUAUUUCCGCACUUGGCUGCAAUAUAUACUGAACGCCGAUGCAAUGUAGAGCAUCUUUUCCUCUCGAUGCCAAUAGGUUUGCGGGUUUGUUUGCUCUCCAUUUCAUUAAUGCUUUUAGAAAUUGUUUAUCGCACUUGCAUUUAUAUUGAUUGUAUUACGCAGUUUUUAUUAUUAGGUUAUUUGCCGCUCUGGGUACUUUUAGCAGAAGAGAGGGAUAUAAAUAAACAAAUAAAUAUUGACAGCUCCGUUGCGGCAGUAAAAAAUAUGAAACCCACUGCACCAUGGUUAGUUUGCUUCCUCAGAGAACCAGACAGUUCUUACCCUGUUAAGCUGAUGUGGCUUUGCUCAGCGAGGUGAGCUUUUCCUCCAAGUUGUUGCCUAACUUAAUAGCAAGUAAACCUGGUUUUCUUUCUUCUUUUGCAGAUUAGUGAGGCGUGUCUGGCACUGCCAAGGAGUGUUUAGGAACCCAAAAUACUGUGAUUUUAAAAUGACUAGUGUAAUUUGUAAGCUUAGACCCAUCAUAGCAAAAAAUAAUGGGUGAAGUCAUGCCAAAGUCACAUUUCAGUCUGCCAUCUUGAAUCAGAAUGGUGCCAGGCACCCCAAAGUUAGUGAAGACUGCCGCCCCCAACCCCAGGAAACCUCACGUCAAGUUUUGCUACAAUGACUUGGAGGUGGAGCAAACCCAUGCAAAAAAAUGGGCAAAGUCACACCAGAGUCAUAUUUUCUACUGCCAUCUUGAUUCAAACGGCUCCCAGAACCCAAGUUUCAACAUAGACCACUCCCCUCCAUCUUGGAAACGCUUGUGCUGAGUUUGAUGAUGGUAUCUUGAAAGGCAGCUGAACAUAUAGAGAACCAAUGGACAACCCCUUUUCCAAAAUAUGUAGUAGAUCUAUUUAUUUAUAAACCGCUUCACAGCCAAAAGCUGUGUAUAAUAAGAUCAAAUGAGAUAAAACAAAAGAUUGCAGGCUCUAUGGACUAAAAUAAAAUAAAAUAAAAUAAAAUAAAAUAAAAUAGUUUCUACAGUAUAUUUCUACGAUUGUGCAUGCUUCUUUCCUGGGUGCUGACAGCUGGAAGAUGCUUAUUUUAAUGGAAUUAUUAUUUUUUGCCUGCAGCUCCUAGCCAGUUGACACAACCCCGUUUCUUAAGUGAGGGGCAGGGAUUAUUGCCAGUGAAAGUGACGAGUCAGUUUUUGUAGCUAGCAGGCAGGAAAGGCUCCAAGGAUAUGGUGUUGUUUUGUGUGACCUGAUAUUCUUUUAGAGCAGGGGUAGGUAACCUUUGGCCCUCCAGAAGUUGCUGAACCACAAUUCCCAUCAUACCUGGCCAUCAGCCAUGCUAGGUCCAGCAACAUCUGGAGGGCCAGAGGUUACCCACAUUUGCUUUGUAGAACCUUUCUCACCCUGGUGCCCCCCAGAUGCUUUGGAGUACAAGUAAAAUAGUGAUAGGGACUGUUGAUUUGGUGACGCAGUCUAGGCCAGUGGGUGCCAUGCCAAACCCUGUCCAAUACACUAGCCCUCAUUGGGUCCCCCCCAGUCAAGGUUUGAAUUUGCUCAGUGGCAACCCAGAGGAGCAAGGAGUAAAGCUUAACCAGCAAAACCCACAGGUUCAAGAUUAGGACUGGAACUAAUAGCUCAGUUUAUUAUUGUACAAAGCUGAACAGUUUUAUGAAAUGCUCUUCUGAAAGUUUAUAGGACUUACAGAAAAUAAAACAAAAGAUAUAAAAUAGAACGUCCAAAAAUAAAGCAAUUUACAUUUGAUGAAAUGUAAAGCAAUUUGAUGUCACUUGCAUAAAUUAAUUAAUGGUUUAGUUACAGUGUGAGCUAAUAAAUAGCACCGAGAAAGCAACUGAUCUGAGCAAGUUACAUGGUCUCCUCCUAACCCCCUCCACCUAGUUCUAAAACUAUUCUGUAGUAUAGUAGAUCAAUAAAUUUCAUAGCUACCAGUCGAAGACAAUAGGUCAGACUUCAGCACAAAGGUGCAUAGGUGGGAGACAGAAAGAAAGAGGAAGAAAUAUAAAUCAUACAACCUACCCACAAUGCCUUCAAAGAACCAACUAAUCCCUCCCCCCACAUAUAGACAUUUUUGUUUCAAUCAGUAAUUGAAAAUGGGGCUGGACUUUUCCAUCAAUUUUGCAUAAUUUCACUACUUGUGUAGGCAGAUCGUCAUAAGACGUGGAACAUGAAUGGCCAUAAUCUAUUUGGGAAGGGGGAGAAAAAAAGAGAGUAAUUGAGAUACCUGCUGUAUCACUUGUGCUCCAUGCAGGGCACAUGGGCAUAUGACAGCUGUCAUGGGCUGACUGGGAACCCCCAAGGAAACCCCCAGGGGAAGAAGGUUCAGAGCCAGGGAAUUGAUGGUGGAAUGAUGAUGAGUGGUCAGAGGGAAAAGAGGGACCAGACUGGAAGAAGGAGGUGUCAGAAGCUGAAGAGGCAACAAGGUUUAGUGAGUGGGAAGAAGCUGUGGCAGAGAGCAGUCCAGAAUGAGAGGCUGAAGCAGAGGCUGGGGGCGGGGCAAGAGGCAGAGAUGAGUCAGGCUGGUGAAGAAGCUGGGGGGGGGGGGUUCUCUUCCUGCUGCUGUUGUCAGCUCCCCUUCCCCGCAGGUCUCAGGGCGGUUCACAGUAUAAAAUUGCAAUAUAAGAUGAAGGUGUGCUGGAGAAGGAACCAGGGGAGGAGUCUUAGAGAGUGAUGGGAAGAUGGAGACCUUUGGUCCUCGCGACUGCUUCUUUGGGGGCAAGACCUACUGGGAAGAGCUGAUGUGAUCACUAGGCCUGAGCUGUUUUGAUUUCUUUGAAUAAAGAAAUAAGUAAGUUAGAAAUUAAAUAGUUAUAACAAAAGGGGGGGAAACUGCUAUGGAAAACAGCUUAGAAUUUUUUUUCUCUGUAGCACCUUCUGGUGUUGCAUGUUAAUAACGCAUUCAAAUCACUGUUGUUGUUGUUGUUGUUGUUGUUGUUGUUGUUGUUGUUGUUUUACUAAUGUAGCUGAGUCCCAGGUGUUUUAUUGUUGACCUGCUCCUGACUCUGGCUCCUGAUACCAGCCCUGGCUUGUCAAAAUAGCUGCCUUUCAUUUUUGCUUUGGCUUCGUGGCCAUUUGCUGCGACUCUCCACUCAAAGUGCCUAAAGCAGCAAAGGUUUGUGCAAAGGUCCAGGCAGCUUACCCAAAAAUGACACAGACGGGUGAUAGCGUUGUCCACCUUAAUCCAUUAUGGCUGCACCAUGGUGUGCAUUAGCAUUUCUAUAACGGCUGAGAAUGCAAGCCUAGGUAGGCCCAGAUUAAAAGGGAGCCUCCCCAUUUGUCCCAUGAGGCUAUUUCAAUGAAGGUACGUUGACCUGUCCUAUACCUAAUGUGUAUGACAUCAGAUGGGCAGGUAAAGAUGCAGCUGGGCCACAAAGAGGUUUGCAGGUCAGCUGUGGGCUGGGCUUUGCAAGCUCUGACAAGAAGCUGAUCAUUGGGGCUUGCAAAGCACCUUGCCUUAAAAUUAUUAAAAUUCUUAUGAGUUAUAUUGAAGGAUAGCAACUGACUAAUAUCCAGAAUGCAGUCCGGAUUUCUGCAGAGAGGCCUCAGUUCUCAAGCAUGCUCCAGUCAGUACUAAGAACUGAUCCCUCUUAUCUUGAUAUUGUACCCAGAACGAUUUGGAGCAGAGCCUGGAAGAGCUGGGGAUUGAAUUGCAGUCGGAUGGGCUGAUAGGGCGACUUCGAGUCCAGGAGGCAAAGCGAGCCCAUGCCGGACUCUACGAGUGUCAGGCGGACAAUGGGAUCUCCCCAGCAGCAAGGAGUAGCGCCCGCUUGAUUGUUCGAUGUAAGUUUCCUCCUUAGUAUUUCUGCAACCCCAACCUCUAUAUUUUGCCCUGCCCCACCUUCCCUGUGUUCGAUGUCCACCAUUUAUUUCAUUCCAAUUAUAUAAAGAGUAAGAUAUAAAGAUAUUGGGUUGUAGCCAAUGCUGGUCUUACUCAGAGUAAACCCACUGAAAUUCCUGGACAUGACUAACUUGGGUCUGUUAAUUUCAAUGGGCCUACCCUGAGUAGCUGACUAGAACACAUUGAGAUCUAUAACACUAGAAGGCUUGCAAACAGUAAUAGAGCAACCCAGUGCUCAAAAUUAAGCAGGCCGGCUCGGCUUUUUACUUAUUGAACAAAAUGUAUAGAUUGCUUAAUCAAAAAAAAAGCAAAAGCCCCCAAGCAGUUGUCAUAAAAUGGCGUGAAAUAUUUAUCAAAAAUUACAGCUAAAAUUAACAUUCCUUUUUGUUUUAAAAUGAACAUGUGUUAUGAAAUGAUCAAAGAUACAGAUAAAAGCAACAAAAUUUAAAUCUGAACCCAUGUAAUAAAACACCACAAUACAUAGCACUGUGUUCAACUCAGUUCUGCUCAGAGAAAACUCACUGAAAUGAAUGGGUCUAUGUUAUUUGUGUCCAUUACUUUUACAGGGUCUACUCAGACUAAUUUGGGAUCCAGCCCCUUGAGCUCGUAGAGUAGGUCCACUGGAAAAGCCCAUUAGUUUCAGUGGGUCUGCGUAGGACUCUCAUCGGACACAACUCAUAAUUCAUAAUACCCACUGAUUUACAUAAACUUACGCAGUAAAAUUGAAACAAGAAUUAAAUACUGUGGUUUUAUUGCUUUUGAAGUUGGAGCUGAAACUCGGGUGGCUGUUGCAAAUAUGCUCAGUCUCCUCACAGACCAUUCCCUUAUGAAUGCUGCAAAUACUCUCAUGAUUUCUUCCUUGUUCUACUUCCCUCACUUGUACCGCAGACCCACCAGAGAUCAUCAAGAGCCCUGGACUGAGGAAAGUGGCGGCUUCAGGAGAUGGGAGAAGCCAGGCAGCGCUCCAGUGCCGAGCCCAAGGUGUUCCCACUGUGCACUUUAGCUGGGCCAAGAAUGGUGUGUCCCUUGACCUUCAGAGCCCCAGGUGAGAGUUCUCAGGUAAACAGGUAGGUCCUUGGUUCUCAGGUGAACAGGUAGGUAGCAGGGAACCUGAUAAAAGGCAUGAGAAGAAAUAGAAGAAUCCGUCAAUUCUGAUUCUUUCAUUUUCUCAUUUUCCCAGUCUUAACCUUGGUUCUCCACUUUUCUGUAGCAAUUUGCUCCCCCCCCCCCGCUUAAAAAAGGAAAAAUAGUGCAUGAAAAUUCUUGAGCCUUUUGGUGCAAAUUUCGCCUGAUAAGAACAUUUUUGUAUGCAAUAUUGACUGUUGUAGACAUUUUUGCAAGCAAUUUGCAGAGUGGCUGGUGCAACCCAGCCAGGUACAACAACAACAACAACAACAACAAAAUUUCCCCAUAUAUAAUCCCCAUUUGCAUACCCACACACUUCCCCCAAAUAUAUGCAUUUUUGUAAAAAAUUGUUUGGAGAACUGCGCUGCAAAAUCCAGAUAACUGCAAAUUUCAAAGCCUGCCUGUGUUUCGGUUCUUGUAGUGUUUCGGAAGGAGCAAAUCUGAUCAAGUUUGACUUUAAAUGCGAACUGAAUCAAAUUUCUCCUCCCAUCCUUAGCCAGGAGCGGUUCAUCUGUGGGGCGGAGCCACAACAAUAAUCUCCUGGCGAAAGCACGGCUGCUGUAUGCCAAGAAGGGUCUGUGGUGAGGGCAGCGGCAAGGACACGGCUGCACAGAUGCACUGGUGGGCGCAUUAGAUUGGCUCUGCUGGAGCAUCUGCCCACCCCCAACCUUUCUGCCAAUUCCCCCCUCUCCUUCCUGGAACACCAGCAACGCUGCUGAUGGGAGGUUCGUGUGGUGGGCCUGCCCCUGCUAGGUGGGCCACUGCUGAUAUGUGAGGAUGCUGUUGAGGUUCAUGUCCUGCUCACAGGUUGUUCUGUCAUCUGAUUGGCCACUGCGAGAACAGGAUGCUGGAGUAGAUGGCUUGCUAUAUCAUGUCCUUCCCAAUGUCCCUAUGUCCUUAGUUUGUCUUAUAGUGUAAAGGCUAUAGCAUCAUCUCACACUCUCAUCCCUUGGUGCCCUCCUAGUUAAGUGCCCCAAUAACCCUGCCAUCUGCAGGAGCCUAAUGUGCAAGUCUUCUGAGAUGCAUCUGAAAUGUCAAAUAUUGUUUGAUUCGAAGGUGUUGCAGGGGCAAGCGUCCAGGGACAAGCAUCCUUCCGCCAAUCCUGGGGAACCCUGCCUUGCUUGCAGGGCUGGGUUCCCCUUCAUCCUGCAUGCCUCUGUUGUCUCCCCCUUCCACUUACUCCAAAGUAAGCUCCUCUGUCCCGACACAGCAGAAGGAAUAAUAAUAAUAAUAAUAAUAAUAAUAAUAAUAAUAAUAAUAAUUUAUUUAUACCCUGCCCUCCCUGGCCAGGGCCGGGCUCAGGGUGGCUAACGCAAAAUAUAAAUUACAAUAAAACGUAAUAGAAAAAAACAAAAACAAUUAAAAUACGGCUUAAAAUACAGCUUAAAAUGCAGCCUCAUUUUAGUGUAGCCCACAAAUCAAGGCCAUAAAGGGAGGAAACAUCAGAUAUUCACCUGAGCCAGCUAUCUAUGCUGGUCCUAUGUGGGCCAGCAAAAAAGCCAAGGGAAAAUUUAUAUGCUGUUGAUGGCAGGUGUUCUCGAGGUUUUUUGAGCAUGUGUAUAGGACCCUCACAUUGUUUUCAGGGGAGGGUGUGGGAUGCUCAUGCAACCUGAGUUGUUUUCAUCUCAGAAGGGGGGAGGGCAAGGAAAACCUGUGGUCUGCUGGUGUUGUUGGACUCCAACUCCCAUCAGCCCCAUGCAGUAUGGCCAAUGGUCAGGGAUGAUGGGAGCUGCAGUCCAGAGACAUCCAAAGGGCUGCAUCCCUGAUGUAGGGAAACAGAAGGUGAAUAAUGGGAGCCGUGCUACUAAAAUGUUCAGUUCAGUUCUGGCUCAGAUUCAGUUCUGGCCUGAAGUUUGUUCUGACAUGGAUGCUGGCCAAUUGAAGCAAAUAAAGACCUGGCAAGAGGUCUGGUAGUCACCUGGACCCAGCCCAGUUCUCAUUGAAUUGGGAAAAGUUUGAAACACCACUAAUGUUCCUGUGCUGAUUUGCAUAGCAGAAUGGGGGUGGAGCAGCUUAACGCGUCUAAUUUGUUCCAGCUAAAUGUCAGCCAUAACCCAUAAAUAGUAUGAAGCAUGUCUGAAAUUAAAAAUAACCAGAACACUUAUCUGUAAGUUCAUGCUUUAUAUAUAAAUUAAAAAUGGGAUUUUAUUUUAUUUAUUUAUCUUUUUUAAAAAAACAUUUCAGGCAAAUUCCACUCCUAAACCUUAAAGCAAUUUUUAUCCUGUUUCCUGCUUUAGGCAUUUUAAGGGCAAGAGCUAUUGUUGGCUACUAACCCAGAUGUCUUUGCUCUACCUACACUGCUGGAGGCUGUGUGCUUCCAAAUGCCAUUUGCUGGGUACCUCAGAGUGAGAGGAGGAUGCUGCUAUUCUCAGGUCCUACUUUUGGCUUCUCCUGGGCAUCUGGUUGGCAACUGUAAAAACAGGAGGCUGGAUGAGAUGGGCCACUGGCCUGAUCCAGAAGGCUAUUAUUAUUAUUAUUAUUAUUUAUAAACUGCCCUUUGUCAAAAAACAACUACAGGGCAGUUUACAACACAGAACAUAACAAAAAAAUGUAUGUGCAAAAAGAACAUUAUAUCUAAAAAAGGUGAAGGUAAAGGUAAAGGACCCCUGACAGUUAAGUACAGUCGCAGACAACUCUGGGGUUGCGGUGCUCACCUCUCUUUACAGGCCGAGGGAGCUGGCGUUUUUCCGGGUCAUGUGGCCAGCAUGACUAAGCCACUUCUGGCGAACCAGAGCAGCGCACAGAAAUGCCGUUUACCUUCCUGCCGCAGCGGUACCUAUUUAUCUACUUGCACUUUGAGUUGCUUUCGAACUGCUAGGUUGGCAGGAGCAGUGACUGAGCAAUGGGAGCUCACCCCAUCGCAGGGAUUCAAACCACUGACCUUCCGAUCGGCAAGCCCAAGGCUCAGUGGUUUAACCCACAGUGCCACCCACACCCCAUUAGCAUUAUAUCUAUACGAUACCCCCAAAAAUCCUCAAACCAGUUAUAUAAAUCGGCUCCACCUCUUUGUGGGGACACGUUGCGGGCAAGCCGCUGAGCCUCCCCCCUCAGCAUGGUGGCAGGACUGUGUCCCGCCCUACACUGGGGAGGCCCAGCCAUGCCAGGUAGGCAAGCGGGCAAUCAGGCGGCUUGGGGUUGUGGCCAGGGCCAAUUUAAACUAUGGUGCGAUGCUGAAUCGCCCCUUUUCAGCCUUGCGCCCAUUAACAUUAACCUAAAAUUCUGUGUCCUUGUGUCGUUAUUCUCAUGGGGGUGGCCUGGGGGCUUUGACACGCAAAUGCAAUUACAGUGGUACCUCUGGUUGUGAACGGGAUCCGUUCCGGAGGCCUGUUUGCAACAUGAAAGGAAUGCAACCCACAGUGGCGCGUCUGUGCACACGCGGGUUGUGAUUCGCCACUUCUGAGCAUGUGCGUGACAUCAUUUUGCGCAUUUGCACAUGCACAAGCGGCAAAACCUGGAAGUAACCCUUUCUGGUACUUCCAGGUUGCCGCGGGACGUAACCUAAAAGAACAUAACAUGAAGCGGACGUAGCAUGAGGUAUGACUGUAUAAGUAUAAGGAAUGGAUGCUAAAAUACAGAUUCUCCUAAGCUAAGUUAUUACCUGCUCAUCUCAGGUACAACUAAAUCAGUGCUGUUUUUCUAGAAAAAGAGGUGCCAGAAGUCACCACAAACACUUCCCUUGUUAUAAUGACAAUGGCGCCCACAUGAGAGGUGUCGGAACUGAGUUCCGGCUUGGAAAAAAAGCCCUGACUUUAAUACACAUCUAACAGUGAAGUCUUAAGAAAUAAGGGGGGGGGGGGGGAAUCAGCAGUACAGAAGCACUGCAGAAGGACACACUCUUCUCUCUUUGUAAAAGUAGCUCUUGAUCUCCAUCCCCGCAGAAAAUGAAGUCCUUGUGUUCUUAUUGACAGAGUGCUUCAUUACAUUGCAGCUUGCCUUCAGCUUCUGUUUUCAAUGGGCGAACUGAGAUAUCAUUUGUGUUUUGAUCUUGAAGUACAAAUCUGAGAAGAGCCCUUGUUGCAUCAGCCAAUGGCCAACCCCCACCCAGCAUCCUGUUCUCACAGUGGCCAAACUGGUGCCUACAGGAAGCCUGCAAGCAGGAACUUAGAGCAACAACAACAGCCCACACUUGUGACCCCCAGCAAUUGGCACUGAGGGAGCAAUGACUCUGGAGGGAGAACAUAGUCAUCGUGGCUGGUAGCCACUGAUAGCCCUAUCCUCCACGAAAGAUCUGGAAAGAUUGUCAGUCGGUAGGAGACUGCCUAGCUAGCUCAGUUGGUAGAACAUGGGACUCUUAAUAAUAAUAAUAAUAAUAAAUUUUAUUUAUAUCCCGCCCUCCCCAGCCGAAGCCGGGCUCAGGGCGGCUAACAACAAUAAAACAGUACAAAAGUACAGCAUAAACAACAGUCUAAAAUCAUUCGUUAUAAAAUUAAUUAAUUCAAGCCACUGGCAACCAUUGGGCCAGAGCUCCGCGAAGAUUGCCGAGGGAGGGAGUCAGGCUGUGCCCUGGCCAAAGGCCUGGUGGAACAGCUCUGUCUUGCAGGCCCUGCGGAAAGAUGUCAAGUCCCGCAAGGCCCUGGUCUCUUGUGACAGAGUGUUCCACCAGAUCAGAGCCACAGCCGAAAAAGCCCUGGCUCUAGUUGAGGCCAGCCUAACUUCUCUGGGGCCUGGGACCUUCAAGAUGUUUUUAUUUGAAGACCGUAAGUUUCUCUGUGGGGCAUACCAGGAGAGGCGGUCCCGUAGGUACGAGGGUCCUAGGCCGUAUAGGGCUUUAAAGGUUAAAACCAGCACCUUAAACCUGAUCCUGUACUCCACCGGGAGCCAGUGCAGCUGGUAUAGCACCGGGUGAAUGUGAUCUCGCAGCGAAGACCUCGUAGGAGUCUCGCUGCAGCAUUCUGCACCCGCUGGAGUUUCUGGGUCAGUCUCAGGGGCAGCCCACGUAGAGCGAGUUACAAUAAUCCAGUCUGGAGGUGACCGUCGCAUGGAUCACAGUGGCUAGGUCAGGGCGAGAGAGGUAAGGAGCCAACUGCUUAGCUUGGCGGAGAUGGAAAAAUGCCGCCUUUGUUAUAGCUGCAAUCUGCGCCUCCAUGGAAAGGGAGGUGUCGAAGAUUACACCCAAACUCUUAACGGACGGUGCUGGCACUAAUUGCGCCCCGCAAGAGAUGGGAGUUGCCCCCAAUCCCAUAUCGCCCCGUCCCAGCCACAGGACCUCUGUCUUCGAAGGAUUUAGCUUCAACCGGCUCCCACGAAACCAUCCAGCCACAGCUUCCAAACAUCUAGUCAGUGUGUCUGGGGCCGAGUCAGGAUGGCCAUCCAUCAACAGAUAGAGUUGGGUGUCAUCGGCAUACUGAUGGCAACCCAGCCCAAAACUCCGAACAAGCUGGGCGAGGGCGCAUAAAGAUGUUGAAAAGCAUCGGGGAGAGUAUUGCACCCUGAGGUACUCCACACACCAAGGAGUGGCGCGAUAACAAUCCCCCCCCAAGCGCCACCCUCUGUCCCCGACCAGAGAGAAGCGAGCGCAGCCAUUGAAGGACUGUGCCCUGGAUCCCCACGUCGGCAAGGCGGUGGUCUAGAAGUUCGUGAUCGACCAUGUCGAAAGCUGCUGACAGAUCUAGAAGAAUCAGCAGCCCCGACCCGCCUCGAUCCAGCUGUCUACGAAGAUCAUCUGUUAGGGCAACCAGAGCCGUCUCGGUCCCAUGACCAGUGCGGAAGCCGGACUGGAAUGGAUCCAGAGCCGAUGUUUCAUCCAGAAAACCACCAAGCUGUUCAGCAACCGCUCUCUCAAUCACCUUACCCAGGAACGGAAGAUUCGAAACCGGGCGGUAAUUGGAUAGAUCUAAAGGAUCUAAUGAUGUUUUCUUUAAGAGCGGGCGCACCACUGCCUCCUUCAGUUCCCCUGGGAAUGUCCCCGUGCCAAGGGACAAAUUGAUGAUAUCCCCCAGGAGGGCCCGCACCUCGUCUGGACACGCUCUAAUCAGCCAAGACGGGCACGGGUCGAGAGGACAGGUGGUGGGCUUUCCAGCUCGGAGGAGUCUGUCCACAUCGGCUGGGGAUAUCCGGUCGAAGUGGUCCAAUACUGGACCCGAGGACAGUCGAGGGGCCUCCAGUUCCUUUAUUGUAUCCAAAUUGGCCGGGAGGUCAUGGCGGAGCAACAAGACCUUCUCCGCAAAAAAGCUCGCAAAUGCCUCACAGCUGUGUGUCAAAUUGUUAUUUAAAUUUGGCUGUCCCUCAAGGGACGUUAAAGACCUGAUUAUACUAAAUAAUUGCGCCGGGCGAGAGCUUGCGGAUGCAAUGGAGGCCGAGAAGUAUAACUUCUUAGCAGCCUUCACCGCCAUCUCGUAGGUUUUCAUAAAAGCCCUAUAAGAUGUUCUUGAGGCUCCGUCACGGGCACCCCGCCAUACUCGCUCUAGCCGUCUGAGGUCCCGCUUCAUUUUCCGGAGCUCCUCGGUAAACCAGGGAGCCCGGUUUCUGCGGGGUCGCAGAGGGCGCUUAGGUGCGAUCUCAUCGAUGGCUGCCAGGAGCUGGGUAUUCCAGCCCUCAACAAGCUCAGUCAAUGAGUCGCCAGGGGAGCAAGGUCCCGCAAGGCUUGGCGGAAUCUAUCAGGGUCCAUCAGCCUCUGCGGGCGAGCCCAAAUCGGCUCGCCACCUAAGCAGGGUGGGGGUGGAAAGUCAAUCCUGGCUUUCAGAGCGUAGUGAUCAGACCAUGGCACCUUCAUCGAAGGAGACAUGAUCACAUCUAUACCUACGCCAAAGAUCAAAUCCAGCGUGUGGCCUGCUUGAUGUGUGGGGCCCGAAACAAACUGGGAGAGCCCUAGUGUCGCCAUGGAAGACACCAGGUCCAGAGCCUGUGAGGAGGGAGUGGCAUCAGCAUGGAUGUUAAAGUCCCCCAAUACCAAUAGGUUAGGGAACUCCAAGGGUUAAUCUCAGGGUUGUGGGUUUGAGCCCCACGCUAGUCUACCUAAACCACUCCAACUCUAUGAUUUCUUAAAGGGGUAGCUGAGGAAUGGUAGAAGCAGCAGUGACCGAAAGCUGGGUGGGUGGGGAACUUCUCCUGGUCACCUGCAAGACUCACAGAAAACUUGUUGGUGGAUGAACAGCAGGGUUGGCAACUCUUGGAAGUCCAGCUGGCAGAUUCCCUGGAGAGUAGAUAUCCCUGGAGAGAGUAGAUAUCCCUGGAGAGCCUGGGCACUCACUCGUUGUCAAAUUCAUGCCUGGAGGACUAGAUGAUCCUUGUGGUCCCUUCUAAGUCUACUAUUCUAGGAUUCUAUUAUUCUUUUCUACCUGAUCUCUUGCCAUCAUUACCUUCUUCCAGGUAUACUGCGGCUGCAGAACAUGAGGGCUCCCUGCACACCGGCACCUUAACCAUUGCCAAUGUGAGCGCCGUUCUUGACUAUGCCACCUUUACCUGCACAGCCAGCAAUGAACUGGGCACAGAUACCCUUGACAUCCAGCUACUUAGUACCAGUAAGGACAUAUGGGCUGCUAAGAUCUAAGCUGUAGACUUGGCUUGUGUAUCAACUGAAUAUGAGGGGCAAAGACUCACUAUCCCUUUUUACAAGUUCUUAAACAGUUCAUUUCUUUCUCACCAGGCCGCCCUGACCCACCAUCAGGGCUAAAGGUUGUAGGUGUUGCCCACAACUGGCUGGCUUUGGAGUGGAGCCCUGGCUUCGACGGAGGGCUUCAGCAAAGCUUUCGUGUCAGGUAGGAGUCAUUUGGCAAAAGCCACAAACAUUACUCAAAUGGGAAUCUUUAAAAAUGAAACAGGUCCGUUGUUUAAAACAGGGAGCUAUGGGAAUUGGUUUGGUGAGGAGAUCUCCUGGCUCCUUAACAGUUCCAAAGAAUCCCUUGUGGAUAAGCUUUGGUAAAAAAAAAAAAAUUAAGCCAAGAUGACAGUGUACGCCCUUGCACUAUUAAACUAAAAGUAAAUAUAUCUUUGUCUGGCUUCAGAAAGAUGACAAAGUCGAUCCCAGAGCAGCUUCCUUGAGGAGAGCAUUCCACAGUAGUGGGGACACCGCAGAAAAUACUGAGUAUUGAUCCAGAGUAGAUUCCAAUGUAUAGUUAGCAGAGUAACAACUUAAACACGUUGCAGGAUUCCCCAAAAAUAGACCAGAGGCAAUUGUAUUUCAUCCAGCAGAGCUUUACUGCUACUGAAGGCAAAUGAGCAUAAUGGUCACAAAUCCAAUCCAUUCAGGAUUGGCACAGUCCAUAAGAAAUCCAGUUGCAGCAGACUUAACUUAAACUUACAAUAACUUAUAUAAGACUAAACCCUAACACUAUAUACAGAACACCACACCAGAAGGAAGAGAGAUAGAAAGAAAGAGAAAGUGAAGACCCAGGCUCCUUCUGGCCUAUUAUUACAGUCAGCAUGACCUUGACUGAAAGAGAUAACAGAACCAGUGUAAACCAGCUGUACUCAGCUUCCCUGAAGGAAUAACCCAAACAUCACGAACCUUCUGCUUGUUUCUUUCACACGGAGAAGCUUGAAUGAAGUAGAACAGGAAAGAUCUCUACACAUCAGAUCAAUACUUUCUGCACUAAGAAAUGCAAACUGACAAUUCUCUCAUUGCCACCCUCCAAACAUCUUUUGGAGGGAGCACAUAGAGAAGGGCCUUAAAUGUCAACCUCAGGAUUAGGUGGUUCAUAUGGUGAAAAAGUGGUCCUUGAGGUCCCAAGCCAUGCAAGGCUUCAGAGGUCAAAAGCAACCCUUUGAGUUGGGUUUGAAACUGAUUGGUAGCCAGGACAAGCAAGCCAGAACUGCAACUGUGCGUUCCUCUAUCUGUCUGAAAAGCAGAAUAACUUACCUGAAUAUAUUUCUUGAACCAAGUACCACCAUCAGUUUUACGGUGGGAAGGAGGGAGGAGGCAGUGAUGGCCACCAACUUGGAUGGCUUUAAAAGAGGCCUCAUCCAGCAGGCUGAGCGUAUGUUCUUAUGGGGAUGUUGGACAUUAAAUGCCAUUUUUCAAUUGCGCCUCUUUUUCGCCCACUUCCAUCCAGGUACCACUGGCCAGCGGCUCCCAGCUUUAGGUAUGUGGAUGUCUUCCCGCCGCAGUCUUCUGCAUUCACCUUGAUGGGCCUGCGCCCAAACACCGUCUACAAUGUCUCCGUCAAUGCCCGCAAUGCCCUUGGUGAAAGUGACUUUGCUGAUGGUGGGGCAGGACUGAGUGUCACCACUACAGGUAAGGAGCAUCUUGCUGCUUAGCAAGGAUGGAGCCAGCACAAGGGUGUGGCUAUUAAAGGUCACAUUCAACCAUACUUUCACUGCAUGAGUAUACUUGUGUGUAGGCACCUCGUUAGAAGCUUUCAACCAUUUAGCAGAGUUUCUGGAAGCAGUGGUCAGCAACUGAAGCUACACCUUGAGAAGAAACACUCAGAGACGCCGUAAAACUCAGUCAAGUGAUUUAUUGCUUGAUUGGUCAUAAACGCAUCACGAUAGCACUGUUUACAAUCAUUAUAGCAACAGCUGUAAUGUUUCGGUCCCUCUUUCUCUUUAGCAACAAUGUAGGCAGACACAGUCUAUCGGCAGUCAUGACGCAGCAGCUUGCAGACAGCACUUGUUGGUCAGUCGUCUGCAAAAAGUGAAAACGGAAGUUCUCCUUUUAUCGGCACUUCCAGCUGAAGCUGCGCAUGCUCUGAGUGCCACUCCCACUUUCUGGAUGAAUGACUCCCUAACAGUGGCCUGCACUUCAAGAAGCAAUCGGUGGUACUGUGUAGUAGACUGAGCAUUGCAUUUGGACCGGAGAGAUCCAGGUUCAAAUCUCUGUCCAGUGAUCAAUUUCUGACCUUGCGCCAGUUGCUCUCUCAAUCUUCCCUGCCUUUCAUGGUUGCUGUGAGGAUAAUAAAAUGGGAAGGGGUGGAGAGGGAGUCAGGUAAACUACUCUGAGUUCCUAAAGGAAAGUAAGGUAAAGGUAAAGGGACCCCUGACCAUUAGGUUCAGUCGCGGACGACUCUGGGGUUGCAGCACUCAACUCGCUUUAUUGGCCGAGGGAGCUGGCGUACAGCUACCGGGUCAUGUGGCCAGUGUGGCUAAGCCACUUCUGGCGAACCAGAGCAGCACACGGAAACACCGUUUACCUUCCCACCGGAGCGGUACCUAUUUAUCUACUUGCACUUGAUGUGCUUUCGAACUGCUAGGUUGGCAGGAGCUGGGACCGAGCAACAGGAGCUCACCCCGUUGCGGGGAUUUGAACCGCCGACCUUUUGAACGGCAAGCCCUAGGCUCUGUGGUUUAACCCACAGUGCCACCCGCAUCCCUAAAGGAAAGUAUAAGCAUGUAAUAAGUGAGAAACAGAGUGGCAAAAUGAUCCUGGAUUAACUGUUAUGCUAAGCAUGCUGUAGAGCUGGGUUACAACAGAAGAGCGGGUUAGCAGUGACUCAAGUACUUGAAAGUGGCAGAUUUCUGUGAUAUCGAUUUUUUUCCCUGAGGGUAUGGGAAUUUGCUUACCCUUCCUGACCCAGCGUAUAUCAUCACAUUGAUAUGACCAUCCUUGUAUUAGGCAAAUUGUCCUGUUCUGAUGCUAUCAGAAUCUGGACGCUAUGUUCCAUCGCGGUUUAAUGUGUUCUCUUCUAGGGAGUGAGGAAGAAACAAUUGACAGAGAACCCAAAACACCAUCUCUACCUGAACCAGGUACAAAAAUGUUAACAACUAGUAGAGUUGAAGUCUAUGUUGUUGAGAGAGCCAUUUCCUGCUGUGGCCCUCUCUGCCUUGAUGCUCUGUUGCAGUCAGGGCUGAAUGUAUGGAUAGCUCAGUUGGUUAGAGUUUGGUGCUGGAAAUGUCAAGGUUGCAGGUUCAAUCCCCGUAAGGGACAGCUGCAUCUUCCUGAAUUGCAGGGGGUUGGACUGGAUGAUCCUCAGGGUACCUUCCACCUCUAGUUAUCUAUUAAUAAUUGCUGAAUUGCUCAAGUCAAAAUGUUGGUGUGUGAUACAGCAGUCAGUAUCCCAACCACCACUGUGUUCCUUAAAACAGCAAUAGAUGCAAACCUAUGUUUCUAGUCUACAGAGAUAGGUUUGCUGUACAAUGGUAAUACAGUGGUACCUCUGGUUACGUACUUAAUUCGUUACGGAGGUCCGUACUUAACCUGAAACUGUUUUUAACCUGAAGCACCACUUUAGCUAAUGGGGCCUCCCACUGCCGCCAUGCCCCCGGAGCACGAUUUCUGUUCUUAUCCUGAAGCAAAGUUCUUAACCCGAGGUAAUAUUUCUGGGUUAGCAGAGUCUGUAACCUGAAGUGUAUGUAACAUGAAGCGUAUGUAACCCGAGGUACCACUGUACACAGGAAUAUUUUGGAAUGCAGAGGGAGCCUGAGUGAGAGAAGAGGUUAGCAGCUGAAGCCUGAGCCCUGUGAUGUCUCCAGUGUUUAGUAUAGAAGCAGAACAAUAGAAAAUUUGCAAAGACACAAUGCUGAUAUUUUUCCAGGUCUUCUCUCUCCCUCUCUCUGCAAUUUGGAUUUUGCUUUCGGUUUCAUUUUGGCACCAAGUACAAACAGCUUUGAUUGUCGAUUGCAUACGGCUUCUGGCGCAUUUAGUUUAUUGCACAAUGAAUGUGUAAAAGUUUCCAUUUGAUGUGCACGCUCCAUCGAUAUGCUCGAGGCGGUGAGCCUGUUGCAGGGAUAUUGCAUUUUCCAGGCACUCUUCAAUCUUUUAUAGUGGUUGCUUUUGCCAGAUAAUGGAUCAAUGGUUGAUCAGAGUCUACUGUGCGGGAUGUGGAAAUGCAAGUAUGUUGGGUAGGUUUGCCAGCGUUUUCAACAGCACCUGCUCCUCUCCCCCCAGGCAGUUAUGGGAACUGUAGACAUUAGCAAGUGACAAUGUUCCAUACUGUGUAAAAUGUCAUGUGAUGAUUUCUGUAGGUCACAGACAGAUUAAAAGCACAGAAGCAGGCCACACCAGACUGUAUGGUCAGUUGGCAAACCUCCUCGCUGGCACCAGCAGGAAACUUAUUUAAAAAGAUAAACCAGUCAUUAGUCAAUUACCACUAGGAAUGGAUGAAUCUCUCAAUUUUGGUUUCUCUCAGUUUCUCAUUUUUCUGACCCUAAAUGUACCUUUCUGCAGCCAUUUGAGAUUUUUCUAAAAUAUACUGAAUUCCAUGUGAAAACGUGUAAGGGUUUCAGUGCAGAUUUCUCAUAGGGUUGCCAUAUAUCCUCUUUUUCCAGGACACGUCCCCUUUUUCACGGGUGUGUAAAUUGAGAGUCAUCAUAGCAAUCCACAGUUAAAAGCAGAAGUCGGCAAAUGAGUCCUCUUUUCGGCUCUUCGAAAUAUGGCAGCCCUAGCAAGCAUAUUUUUGUAUGCGGUUUUAACCAGCCUACACAUCUUUGCAAGUGAUUUCCCCCAGCACAAUGCAUUUUGUAUGUGCUUUCAUGAAUAUAUGCAUUUAUAUGCACACUUUUCUAUAAUAUAUCGUUUUGGUAUGUAGGCACUUUCUCACUGAAAUGCAAAUGAAAACAAAAUUCUCUCUCUUCUCCACUUGUAUCACUUAGCGCAUUAUCAUACCACUUUGCAAACCAGUGUAGUUUUAAUUUCCCUUAAGGAAAAAAAAAGCUUUUCUUUCAAACCUGUGCCCUCUCCCUCCCCUCAGCUGGAGUAUAUGAGACACUCAGGGUUUGGGGGAAGAGGGGCAGACAGCAGGAAGGCUGCAGUAAAACUAUUCCUAGGGCCAGCACAUGACAAUGGGACAUCUCUGCCUUCUCCCAUCCUGCUCUGUUCCUCAUGAUACACUGCCCGAGUAAUGUCUCAUGGUACAGCCGGCCCUAACAGUUCUGCCCAAAUAUAUUGUUUCCCCAGCCACUCUGGGCGGCUUCCAACAAAACACUAAAAUACAACAACCUAUUAAACAUUUAAAACUUCCCUAAACAGGGCUGCCUUCAGAUGUAUUCUAAAAGUUUGGUAGUUAUUUUUCUCUUUGACAUCUGGUGGGAGGGCGUUCCACAGGGCGGGUGCCACUACCGAGAAGGCCCUCUGCCUGCUUCCCUGUAACUUGGCUUCUCGCAGCAAGGGAACCGUCAGAAGGCCCUUGGUGCUGGACCUCAGUGUCCGGGCAGAACGAUGGAGGUGGAAUAAAAUGAUGGAGGUGGCUGCAGUAAAAGGAGGACUGCAUGUUUAGGGAAGCUUUUAAUGUUUAAUGGGUUAUUGUAUUUUGGUGUUCUGUUGGAAGCCACCCAGAGUGCCUGGGGAAACCCAGCCAGAUGGGCGGGGUAUAAAUAAAUUAUUAUUAUUAUUAUUACCAUGGUGGCGGCGUGGGAGCUGCUUUCCUCUGUGCCCUCACCUUUUAAACUUUUUCAUUCUUCCCCAGUGAGUCCUUUGCUGCCUCUUCCUCUUGUUGGGCUCCUCAGCACUUUAGGGGUUCUUCUGAUAGUUUCCAACCUGUCCUUCCUGGGCUGUUUACUCUGCCGGCGACAGGUCCGAACUCCCAAAGGUAAGCAGAGCCAUAGCUCACUACUAAGGAAUGGGGCAUGGGGAGAUUCAUACUGUCUGCUCUGCACAAGAGCCCUGGAAACACUGGGCACUGAAGGUAAAUUCAGAAUCAUUGGCUGGCUCUCCAGUUCUAAUAACAUGAAAAAGGUUUUUGCUCCCUAUCCACAUUUUUCACGCCAUUGCAUAAUUUUAUACACCGCUAUCAUGUCCCACCUAAGUAGCAAGGAGUGAAUCUGUCCAGGUUCUCUCCAUUUCUCAUUUUCCCAGUCUUCUGUUCAGCUCUCCCUGUUUUCACAUCAGCUUGUGAUGUCAUUUUAAAGCCCAAAUGAUAAUUUGUCAGCAUUUUAGUGUGAAUUUAUAUUAAUAGACACCUGUGUUUAUGCACUUUGUUCCUGAGAUAUACAUUUUUUGCAAAGGAAUUUCCCUUAAAGCAAUCUAUUAUUUUCAGGGAUAUAUGCAUUGUGCACACACUUUGCACCAGUACAUGCAUUUUUGUACCCAUGUCCUGCAUGGUGUAUUGCAAAAUCCAGUGAAUGGUGAAUGUCAAAGAAUGACUGCAUUUUGCUUUGGGAUAAUUUCAGAAAGUGUGACUUAGUUGGGUUUACCUUUAGAUGCAAAUUGAAUCCAGUUUCCCUCAUCCAUUUCCCUUAUGUGCAUUUUCUCUAAACUCACCCCCUUCCCCUUAAUGUUGUAACUUUUUCGGACUGGGGAACUGCUCCUUCCACAGUGCUGGACUCCAUUGACUCCCACCCACCCACCCACCCACUGCCUGCCUUUGUAUGACCUUUCUUUUGUUUCUCUCUCUCUCCUUGCAGUUGAUGGAACCCAAGAAGAAGUCAAGUAAGUAUUAAGUGGGCAGGAGGGAAGGAGGCCAUAGGGGGGCAAAGUGCCCACCACUUCCCCCAGAAUUAUCUUUUGCACAUGUAGCAACAGUGAGACUAGGAGAUGCUGCUUAGAACCAUCAAGUUGGAAGGGGAUGUGGAAGUCAUCUAGACUAACCCCAUUAAAUUCAGGCUCUGCAAUGCAGGCUGCAACCAGAGCAUCUCUGACUGGUGGCGGUCAACCCUCUGCUUUAAAUGCCUCCACCACCUCUUGAGUCAGUCUCCACCGUCGAACAGCUCUUCAGGUGAAACCUUUCACAGCAGCACAUCCACUUGCUAUGUGUGUCUGGAGGGACAAUGCACUGACCAAUUUUCUUUCCUGGUUAUGUGGCUGUUAAAGGCCCAGGAGAUCUCCCUCCCCCCCAAAAAAAAACUUUUAGGGGAAAUCAACUGCUUUGAGCACUAGACACCAGUGCCAUAGCCUGAAAAGGCUUAUAGGGUACCAAGUGGUAGCUAGCGGCUCAAUAGGACUCGGAGAAUUGAAGGCGGUGAAAUCGAUGGUAGGUGGAUCCAGAGCCAAUAAGAGUUGGAGGUGGAGCUAAUGAGAGGAAGAGCCACCCUCUGAUUGGUUGUAAGUAAGACGGGCAGGCAGGGGCUGACUGAGAUUAGUGGGGCAUUCCUCAUUCGCCCUAGUUAACCACCCUCCCCAGAAUGUUGUUGCUAUUUCAGGGGAAAGGUGAGAUUUGGGAACAACUACGCAGUAAGCAAAUGGCUGAAACUCGGCACACGGACAGCCCAGCUGGAGGAGCACAGCUCUGAGGUAAGUACAUCUCUCUGAGGCCUGGGAAUUGUGGGUACAACAUCCAGGUAGCAUGUAGGACCAGAAAAGAACCCAGCCAGGUCUAGUCUUGUGCCUUCAGCAAUAUCUUCCUUGGCUGAUAUUAGUAGGUGAUUUUUUUCAUGAUAUAGAGAAUAUAGACUGCCUGUUGUGGUCUGCAGAUGGUCUGGAGAUGCAUGGGUGCAGAAGCUGGUACAAAAGGCAGCAACCAUGGCAACAAGAGUCCAGGAAUACAACAACCACAAAGAAAAAUAAAUCCAUCGGGGUGGGGGUGGGGAACAGCUCUAUCCUUUGUUCCCAGUGCUGCUUUUUAAGUUUGCUGUUUUUCCCCCCAAGGGAGGCAAACUUGACAUUGAGACAAAGGCAACUGGAUCUGCUCACUGGUAACACACAUUCAACAUCAAGGCUUCAGCCCCCGAAAAAGUAAAUGUUGCAGUGUUGUGCAACAAGGUUGUGUUCAACGUUAGUCCUACUUGGAGUAGACCCAUUGAAAUUAAUGGACAUGAGUAAUGUAGGCCCAUUCAUUUCAAUGGUUCCACCUUUAGCUGGGUACAAUGCACAGUCAGUUUUACAGGGACUUCAGAAUUCUGCAUCAGUCAAUCCAAUUUCUGUAAUAGGGAUAAUUUACACCAGCCAGUGAAGUUUAGCACAAAUUGUGGGAGGCAAUUAAAUGUAUGAAUCUUUGUUACUCACUUGUGUGGUUAAAUUUAAAAUAUUUUACCUACAGAUUCAAAGGUCUGUUACCAUGUUCCAUGCAGCGACAAGGAGGACACAGGCAAAAUACUGUAGGGUAGAAAAUGCAGCAAGAUAGUUUCAUACUAAACAGAGUCAUCUCCCAAUAGGCCAGCCUUCGCCAAACAGGUGCCCUCCAGAUGUUUUGGACUACAACUCCCAUCAACCCAAGCAGGCAUGGCAGGACUGGCUGGGGCUGAUGGGAGUUGCAGUCCCAAAACAUCUACAGAGUAUCAGGUUGGCCAAGGCUGUUGUAGACCAUGGUUUCCAGACUCUCUCUCUUUUUUUUGUUUUGUUUCCAGACUCUCCAUGAUCAGGGUCAACCUUCAUAGGAGUGCAAGAAGUUUGAUGUUGCUUUGAAAAAAAUAUCACAGUAGACCUUAGGAUUUUGAGCUGCCAACAAGGGCUCUGAUAGAUUCCUAGUGAAAAACUGCCUAGUACCUGAGAAGUCCCCUAUGUGAAAGUUAGAUGGCUGGAAGCCACCAAAGAAGGGACAAUGGAUGGGGUCAGUGGACCUGAUACAGGCAGUAGAUAUAGUCCUUUUUCCUGGGAAUAGAGCUGGUUGUUUGCUCUCUCUCUGCAGGGCAGCUCUCCCAAGACAACAUCAACCGGCACUGAGGCUACUGCAAGGGGCUGGUCCCAGCCAGGCCACCACACUGACAGUGAGAUGGAUGCUAGUGUCACAGGUGGGUGGGUGCUGACAUGUUAUUUCUCCUCUGCCCGCUUUUUCCUCUAGGCCACAGUACCAUAAUCUGGAAUCGCAGCAAAUCCCAAAUAUCAGUGCUCUGUUUCAGCACUAGGGUGAUAUUCUCAUCUGGGCAACUUUCCGUGGGUCAUGUGUCAGUGGUGGGAGAAGCAGCACAUUUAGUUUCUGCCUUUGUACAUUAGGCUACACUCUCUCUCGCUGUCUUCGUCCAAACAAGCAAGAGGAACCAUCAGAGUUCACGGAUGCAUUCCAACCAGGCAAAAUGCUCAGGGGGAGAAGUAGGACCACUGAGAGGUGGGGCCUGGGGAGAAUUCCAAGGACCAGGCAGAGAGUGGUCCAUCCUUGCUCUUGAGGAACAAUCUCAGGUCCCUGAAGGCAGGCUUCCUUCAUCACUGCAGACCCCGAUAUUGCACCCACAGGGCUUGGUUUUCCAGGUCAGCACGAGUACGAGGAAGUGAGGCUGCCCUGGCAGUAUGAAGAAAUGAAGCCUCUGUAUGAGAGAUGGUACCCUCAGGAGGAACCGUGGAUUUAUGAGUAUGCUGUGAGUACCUGGGGAAGAGGCUGUGGGGUGGGGGAGGAGUCACAAUGGACUCUCCUUCUGAACCAAGUCCACAGGACUUGUCCUCUCUUGUCUGUUUCAUUGUGAGUCAUGGAUCCCCUUGUUUCCUCCACCUUCCUCAUUUCAAAAAAGACACCCAAAAGGAAGUCAGAGAGUGUCCCAUCUUAGCCCCAUAGUGUAUAUCAUACAGGAAGAUAGGAAGAUGCUUUGUACUGAGUUAGACCAUUGGUCCAUGUAGCUCAGUGUUGUCUACACUGACUGGCAGUAGCUCACCAGGGUUUCAAGCAGGAGAUUCACCCAGCCGGGGAUUGAAUUUGAGAACUUUCUACCAGCGACCAGAUUUGCCCAAUGAGGAGAGGAAGUAGACUGGCAGCUGCUGGACUGGUAGAAAAAAGGACUCCACAACCUUUUUUUCAGAUUGAAAAACAAGUUCUGGAACAUAGAAAGUUGCCUUAUACUGAGUCAGGCUGGUACGGCCUACUCUGACAGGCAGUGAUUCAUCUCAGCCAGAGGUCUCUCCCACCACCCCAGGUCCUUUUAGCGGGGAUGCCAGGGGUGGAGCCUGGGACCUUCUGCACAUAGAACCCUCUGCCUCUGAGCUAUAGCCCUGCCUCCUUAGGAAGCUGCUUCACACAGAGUCAGAUCAAUGGUCCAUCAACUCAGAAUGGUCAGUGCAAGGAAUGGGGAGCCUGUGGCCUUCUUGAGGUUGUUGAACUACAGCUCCCAUCAUCCCUGAUAAUUGACCAUGCCAGCUGGGGCUGAUGGGAGUUGCAGUCCAACAGCAUCUGAAAGGCCACAAGUUCCCCAUUCUUGGUCUACACUGACAGUCAGCCACUCUUGAUACUUUCAAGCAGGAGUCUUGCCACGUCUUGGCUGGGAUUAGAAUCCUAGAACUGUAGAGCUGGAAGGGACCAUGAGGAUCAUCUAGUCCAACCCCCUGCAAUGCAGGAUUCAUUCACCCAAUGCAGGGCUCAAACCCACAGCCCUAAGAUUAGGAGCCUCACACUCAACCGACUGAGCUAUCCACAGGGAUAUUUUACCUGUUUUCUAUUUUAGGAUUGAACACACAAAGCAGAUGCUCUGCCACCAAGCUGUGCCCUUUCUCAUGACAGGAAUGGGGGCUGGGGCUUUGGCCUUGAUAGAUGAGGCCAGAAUCCAUUUAGCCCAGCUCUUGUCUGUCAACCUGGGCCAACCAGAUGCAGGACAUGUAGGCAAUGGCCUCCUGCUGUUUGGCCUGCGUGGCUGGUGUUCAGAGGUAGAGUGCUCCCACACAUGGCGGCUCCAUUUAGUUACAGUGGUGGUGAGUCACUGACACCCCUGGCCUCCACCCAUUGUCUCCUGCAGUUGGGAAAUGGUAGGGAACCUCAGCAGGUCUUUCUUCCCUUAUGUCUAGGGUGAUUAUCAGCGAAGGAGAAGAUCAGUGGAUGGCUAUGCGGAAGUGACACAGGUCUACGACCCUGUGGCAGAUUUUCUGCCCCUGGAUGGGGAGCUGCCUUUUGAGCAACGAGGGGAGCUGGUCUGAGCAAAAGCUGCAGCAAGGCUGCUUCUGAUCUGUCAC